GCGCCCGCGCGCCAAUCUCCUGCAGAAAAGCCAAGCGCGCACCCGAUAGGCAGUUUUUUUAAAAAAAAGAAAAUCGGGGCUUCCGGGGAUAUAUAGGCGACUAAAGCGCGCCUGAAAAAAAAAAUUCGCGCUCGUUAGAACGGGCAGCAGAGUUAUAAUGGGGUGCUCUGAUAACGGUGUGCUGAGCUCGCUCCGCAGUCAGAGUUCGGGAAAGCGCGAAGUAAAAACUCAGGCGCCUUGGCGGGCGCACAUAGCGGGCAGGCGAAGGACUCCCCUGUGGCAAAGGUUGGAGAGUUAGUGCCCAGGCAGCUCAGGUAGAUGCGAGUCAGGUUAGGUGCUGUGGUCCUAAACCUCUCUCUGACAUGGCAGCUGCUGAGGUCGUGGUGGUGGGAUCCUGUAUGACUGAUCUGGUGAGGUUAGUAUGGCAAAUGGGAUCCUCUGCUGCUGCUGCUGCGCCCCUUGUUUUACCAGCUGGUUCGGUUUUCUUAAGGCUCUUACAGCGAAGUGGCUGCAGAGUCCAGGGAGAGGAGGAGGCCCCGCAAGCCCAAGUCUCUGGAAGUAGAGAGCAGGGGGAGGGAAAGAGCAAACUCUGGUCUUAGUGGCGAAGUUCAUCAUGGCCAACUGGAUUGGAAAGAGUUCCAAAGAGAGCAGGAGCCCCAAGUGAACUGGUUUCUCUCUUCCCUCCACUGCAGUUUGCUUGAGGGGCUGAUGUCAGGUGGCAGUUGAGGGGCAAAAGGCCCAAUGGACUUCAUAUUUCAACAGAGCUGACAAAUGGGCUCACUCUCUCUCUCUCUCUGCUGCAGCCUAAUAGAUGUCAUGGAGGUUUCUUCUGAAGCAUGCCUAAGAUGUACACUUGGGAGCAAGUCCCUGUGAACUCUGAGGGUAGCAUGCAGCAGUGCAUGUGAGCCAUUCAGCUAGCACAAUUUCUCUUUCCACAAUGGAACAUUCUCCUUUCCACACAACCCCAACUUGUUCUGGGUCCUGUCCCCCGCUGCCACCAAACCCUCUGGAACAGACGUAGGGAAGAAAGUAAUGAGUAAUCCUUUUUCACUUGCACCAAUUCUGGAACUAAUUAUUGCACUAGCACAACUAUUUCAUGGCAUACCACCGGUGCUUUUUUUUUCUUAAAAAAUGUUUAGGGGCACUCUCAUUUUGACUCAAGGAAAUCACCAUUUUAUAGUUCAAAUCGGGGGGAAAUGAAUACAGUAAAUGGACAAAAGUACAAAGAUUAACAAAAUGUUUAGGGGUAUGCAUCCCCCUGCGUCCCCCCCUGAAAAAAGCACUGCAUACCACCCAGUGUGACUUACUUCUGAGUAAAUAUGCAGAGGGGUGGUUUCACUGGUACACGCAUAAUGUUCUCCUAAUAAGUCCAAAAUAAAUACUAUCCUUUUGUAAUUGCAGUCGCCUCUCUGCACAUAUUAAUUGAACUGAAGAAGUAGGGAAAAACUUUAGUCAUUUGUGUGUUGACUGUGAAUACAAAUUGUAGUUAAAGUACCUUAAAAAUUAUUUCUGAGGCAGAAACCAACUUUAAUUUGUGAACACAUGCAAGCUUUUGAAGUAAUUUUAGGUUCACAUAGCUUUUUUUGUGUGAGCCGAAAAAAAGUUAAAAGUUCGCAUAUUCUUACAGUUCCGUGUAUCCCAGUGAAACCAUCAAUGUGGACUUUGUCUUUUCAGUUCUCAUGAGUUAAUAUGUUAAUAACUCUUAGUGGGAUAUACAAGCAGAACUGAAGAAUUCUAAUUCCCCAUGCUCAGUGUGACUCAAGUAACCAUAUUCCUUCCAACUAAGACAAAAGUACCUACUUUGCAUCAUGUGCACUGAUGAAAAUGAAAUAACCUGCUGUUUAUACAGGAAGAAUAAGGUACAGUCCACAAUGGAUCCCAUGUUCUGCCAUUAUGUAUUCUCCAUUCCCUGACAUUAUUUACUUAGUAUCCCAUUUUUUACCAGAGUUAAAGAGAAGUUCACAACAGUCAUAAGAUGUAUAAGAUCUAUCAAUAGCCUUACAGUCAUAACGACAAACAAAAAUACCCCCAAGAACAUAGGAAGCUACCUUAUAUCAAGUCAGGCUUUUUGUCCAUCUAUUCUUUCUGGGUGUGGCUUUCCAGGGUUUCAGGCAGGGAUGUUUCCCAGCACCUGCCACUGGGUCCUUUUAAGUGUAGAUGCCUUAAGGUUGAGCCUGGGCCCUUCUGCAUGCAUCGCAAGUGGUCUGCCACAGAGCUAUGGUCCAGUGGAAACAGGAAUAUCUGCCUGAUGCGCUUUUGCCUUCCUACUGCAAAUGAAAGUAUUGUUCUGAGACCAAUGUGACCUGCUACAGAAUUGAUGGGUGACUUACUUACUUAGUCAAUAAUUUCCAGGAGCACUUUCUUCAUUUGAUGGAUUGUUGAUGACUGCUUCAAAAUUCUUACAAGUGUCUUUCAGAGGAUUCUGGAGCAUGUUCUAAGGCAGCGGCCUUGAAUAAUUUCAAACCAGGGACCCACCUUUAGCCCAAACAUACAUUGGGAGACCCAUUUCUUUUCUCUUUUUUGCCACCUGCUGUUUCAAAUCUCCUUAGAUCAUGGCCCCAUGUUGGGUCCCAGCUCACUAGCUGAAGAUCAGUGGUCUAAGGCAGAGAUGGAAAACUUUGGACCACAUGUCUCUAUCUGGCCCUUAAGACUCUCCCUGUUCCUCUGGCCACAUCUCUUACUGGCCCUACUCAAACCCUCAAGUAAUUUUGUGUGGCUAGAAUGUUUCCUUGGUCUCUGAUAAUUUGUCUUGUUUGGAUGAGGGCUGGAGAGGUGUGUGUAUGUGUAGAAACCUCUGGUAUUUGUGUGCCUAAAAUGUAACCUGUUGUGCAAAAGUAAGUCUUCCAUCCAUUGCUCUGCCCGCUAUAGACCAGUGGCUCCUAGAAGGUUGUCCCUGAAAGAAUGCAGUCCUUGGACUGGAAAAAACAAAAACCCUCCAACCCUGGUCUAGGUUGCAGUCGGCUGACAAGCACACAGCCAGGUUUGUUAAGCUCACUUGUCACCCUAAAAUGCUUCCAUUACUUUUCUUCAACUAUGCAUUUCAGGGUAAAUCAGUAAUAGUUCCCCAACAGUCUUUCAGGCAGCAUAUCCAUAAUUAUCUAUCUUCUCAUCAAGAAAUCCCUGAAGAGUUUCAGUUAAAUCCCAGAGUUACUCGGAACACACUUUGCAAAUACUAAUUUAAGCAAAUAUUUGGAGCAGAUUACAUAUUACUGCUAAUGAAUAGCUUUUAUGUUUGUUCCCUAAAACUAAUUAGACAGGGAAGAAUAAAACUAAAAAAAAUAAAAAUAAUAUGCUAUCUUUUGCAAAAUUAAAAACACUUUUGCGUCCACACUGACUUAAGUACAACAAAGAAAACACUAAACAGAUUGGUUUAAAAUCUGAAACUUAUGGUUUAUUGUGAUGUUCAAACACACACUGUUUUCCCCCACUGCAUUCUGUUGUAUUGAUUGUCAAUGUCAGUGACUCUAUAAAGCACCCCUGAAUUUUGGCAUAUGUAGGUUUCUUCCCCCCGGAAAGUUAAGGCUAUAAUACCAUUACUUAAUUACCUGGGAGUACAUUUCAUUGAAUUCAGUGGGACAUAUUUGUGAGAAGAGAUGCAUAGUAUUGCACUAUAAAAAUGCUAAAAGGCCCUCAUGAGACCUUGUUCUUUCAUUUUGUAUAAGAAGGCUAGCAUGUUUUGUGUAUACUGUGUUGAGGAUUGAUGAUAAGCCUUUAAAUGUUCGAAUUUUAAAUGUCUGUUGGUGGCAUUGGCAUUUUAAUUGCUGUUAACAGUGGGAGAGACUAUGUCAGGUCUAUUUACACCUGACGCUCUAGAAAAGGGAUGUUAAAGCUAGAAUAGGAACCUGUGGCCCUCCAGAUGUUGUUGGAUUCCAGCUCUCAUCCAUUCCACCUGCUGGUCCAAAAACUCUCCCCCCCAUUUUGCUCUAGAAUUUAGGAAACUUUAUGUGGAAAUAGAGGAUUGGGAAUGGCUUACUACUGCCCUAUCCUCCAGCAUCCUGCCAGUAAGUUGACAAAACCUUCAGUCUUUAGCUCAUUACAUGAAUCUACACACGUAUUGUCUUAUUCCGGAUCAACAUAUAUGUUCAUGCAACAUUGCAGGAAUGCUAUAGAAUGGCAAUGAAGGGAACUUAGAGAUGGCCAGUAUUGGCUUAAGAUCUGCGUAGCAUUUCAUGCAGUUGAGAGUUCCAGUACACAAGGCUAGUGAGAAUGAGACACACUAAAAAUAACUGAAUUUAAAAUGGAAAAUUGCUGUAAUAGAUGAAAUUAAAUGCAGAGAGCUAUGCUGAAACAAUCAGAGCAAUAAUAUUGCUUCCUUCUAAUUUUUUUGAGAACAAGAAAAGUUGCAACCCUGAAACCAAGCACGUAUGCUUGUUGUGGGCAAACAAUAUUUCAGUUCUUACCCUCUCAUGGGGAUUCAUUUGUGUCUGGCUUGCUAUUUUCACCACCCAAAAAUAGGAAUCGCAUCCUGAUUUCUAGUCCUAUCUUGUACUCAGUUCUGUUAAUAAUAUUUUUUAAUAGGCUGAUUGGCUGAGGAGGAACAAUGAAAAAUAUAUGCCUUAGAUUUUAGGAAAUGAUAAAGGCAGCAUCAAUCUACCAAAGCUUAACACUGAGUAACAAUAAACCAUAAUCAUAAAUACAUUCAAAAGAUAGGCAGAGCAAUCCUAUACUUUAUUCUGCCGGAAAUGGCUCUGCGAAUGGAGGCAUCUGCAAGUGUAUUAGAAGAGUUCUGCUGGCGUAUUUGUCAUGCCACCAGCGUAUUUGGCAUUCCACCAGCAUAGCAUUUAUUUGAAACAUUUAUAUGCCAUCUUGAAGAGUAAACUCUUCCAAAGAGGUUUCCAAUAAAAUUAAUAUAUAGUACAAUAUACUCACAAGUAAAAUAUCAGCAAACCAACAGCUGAUAAAGCAAGCAACCCACAAUUUACUAAAAUAUAAUUGCAGCCAACAAUUGGCAAUUUACAACAUAAAAUCUUACUAAAAAAUAAAUAAAUAGCAAUUAAUACUGGUAGGUUUAAAAAUGCAAGUUUCAAAAUAAGGCAGGGUUGACUCCUUCCAGACCUCUACUUGCAAGGAGUUCCACAGGCAGGGCCUGUCACUCCUAAGGCUUGAUCCCUGGUGGAAGAGAACAUAGCCAUCAGGGUUAGUAGCCACUGACAGCCUCAGCCUCCAUGAAUUUGUCUAAGCCUCUUUUAAAGCCAUACACACAUAAAAGCCAUAUGUAAAAGUGUAUUUUAGCUUCUUAUACCACACAGACCUAUUGUGAAGCUCAAUUAUAUGUGGUGGCACCUGGUUCCAAACAUCACAGUAAGCAAAUGGCUUAGUUCAUGGGUAGGCAAACUAAGGCCCGGGGCCAGAUCCGGCCAGAUUGCCUUCUAAAUCCAGCCUGCGGGCGGUCCAGGAAUCAGCGUGUUUUUGCAUGAUUAGAAUCUGUCCUUUUAUUUAAAAUGCAUCUCUGGGUUAUUUGUGGGGCCUGCCUGGUGUUUUUACAUGAGUAGAAUGUGUGCUUUUAUUUAAAAUGCAUCUCUGGUUUAUUUGUAGGGCAUAGGAAUUUGUUCAUCCCCCCCCCCAAAUAAAAACACCAAAAUAUAUUCUGCCCACCCAUAAGGUCUGAGGGACAAGUGGACCGGCCCCCUGCUGAAAAAAUUUGCUGACCCCUGGCUUAGUUUGUGGUAAACUCUGGCUUACUAGAAUUCACAAACAUGCAGUUUCCCUGAGAGGAGUUCACUGCUGCUUUGCUCCUACCCCAGUGGUUUUUUUUAUUUCUCUGCCAAGCAAAGUUUGGCUUGGCAUGUUGUCUGAACAUAAGUUCUUGAGUUCUCUUCUUGCUAGCCAUGAGCAGUCCCUGUAAGCAAUAGUUUGUCUUACUGUGGCAGGCAAAUAAGGACAGUUGCUGAAGGUAUUUCUUUCCCGUUAAGCCCAAGAUACUGAAUAGGUUAUUUUUCCUUCCAGGGUACCAACCCUGCUCUAAAUGUGUGUGUGCAGUUAUCUUUUACUUCUGUCUGCUCUGUGCAACUCCUCCUUUGAUGUGCAACCAUGAACAGUAUUGUUUUUAGAAUGUUCUCUCUUGGCCUCAUUAUUUCUUUUUUCCUAUUACAACAAGUUGUUUCCAUUCCCUUCAUAGAUUUCCCAAAAACCAGUUUUCAAGAUUUGUAUCUCCCCAAGAUUUGAAAAAACUGCUUUGGGUUCUUUGAGGAGAAAACAAAUUUCCUUCCCUGCACAGCCCUUAUCUCCGCCUGCAUUCCUCCACUCCCCACGAUCUGCCUAGACUUCUCCACCUUCCCUUUGUCUUUCUCUCCUCCUCUCCAGAAUGCGUGCCUUCUUUCAUGUUGGCGAAUGUGCCUGGAGCCACCUUCCAGCUCUUUUUCUCCAUCCAGCCUUAAACACAUCUAUAAACUCUCAACAAAACAUUUGAGUUAUCAUUCUGUUUCAUUGUUAGUUAGCCUGUAAUUAAAGCUGUUCACCCGCGAAAGAGAAAAUACAUUAUACAGAUCUCUAAGCAGGCACUUGACUAAAAGCCCUAAACCUUUAAAAUGUUUCACAGUGGCCAGUUGCAUUUCUGAUUUUCAUUUUCUAAAUGGUUUGUUGCCACAGAAUAUAUUCAUUGUAGUCACUGGGCAUGUGACCCAGAGUCACUGAAGGUAUUAUCCAAGACACCAAGAUGUGUGUCAGAAGCCUGGCAGUUGUGUUAAUUGUUCAUUUGGGUUCCACUAAGUAAGUUCUACUUAGGGUAGAUCCUUUGAAAUUAAAGAUCCCGAACUAGUCAUGCCCAUUAGUUUCAAUGGUCUGUUUUACUCACAAACCAUGGUUUAGCAUGGGGGGGGGACUCCCAGGGAGGAGAUUGUGGCUGUUUUGCUCAUGCUUUAGUUCUCUCCAGGCUAACCAUGCCCUAUAAGCAAGGUUUGUCCUAUGGUUUUACAGCUCAUGGUUUGUUGUUGAAAUGUGCUUGAUGUGUGGCAGGAAUAUAACAGAUGGGACAAGGGGCAAAGUGGAGAGCUUAGAAUCGUAGAAACAGAGAAGCAGAAAUAACCUCAAAGGCUAUCUAGUUUAACUCCAUGCAACAGAAAAUCUACUGUUGUGCAGCAAAUGGCUUAGUUCAUGGGUAGGCAAACUAAGGCCCAGGGCCAGAUCUGGCCAGAUUGCCUUCUCAAUCCGGCCCAUGGAUGGUCCGAGAAUCAGCAUGUUUUUACAUGGGUAGAACGUGUGCUUUUAUUUAAAAUGCAUCUCUGGGUUAUUUGUGGGGCAUAGGAAUUCAUUCAUUCCCUCCCAAAAAAAUAAUAAUCUGGCCCACCACAUGGUCUGAGGGAUGGUGGACUGGCCCAUGGCUGAAAAAGGUUGCUGACCCCUGGUCUAUAACUUCCAAGGCAAUCCAUUUCUUCCCCAAGCAGCUCAUACCAUGAACACAUAUUUCCUGAAGUCUAAUCAAAAUCCCCUUUAUUGUAUUUUGGGGCUAUUGGUUCAUGUACUACCCUGUGGAGCAACAGAAAACAAAUUUGCUCCAUCAUCCAUGUGACAACCUUUCAAAUAUUUGAAGAUGGCUGCUGUGUCACCUCUAAAUGGUCUCUUCUGCUGUGUGCCCCACAACUUUCCUCAUAGGUCUUGCCCUCCAGGACCCAUGUCAUCUUUGUUAUGCUCCUCUGGACACGCUCCAGUUUGUUGGCAGCCUUCUUAAACUUUGGUACGCAGAACCACAAUCCCAGUAAAGAUCAGCUAGAUGCAGGAUGGUAACAACUGAGGAGCAGGGACUGAGAUUAGAGAUGUUGGCCAGCCCUGAGAGGAUGAAUAAUAAAUUCUCAGAUGGUGCAGAUCCUGCAGAUAGAAACAGCACAGGAGUGUGUAAGGACACAUGGACAUUUCCAGAAACUUGUGUGUCCUACAGUGAUCCCUAGGCCAGUAUGAACUGUUGGUGUGUGUUCGUCUGUUUGUAUGUUUAAGCAGGCUACUUUAAAUGUUUAUUAUAUUUGAAGGCUGAUUUAUCCCAGCUGUCAUUUCCACUUUACACAGUCUUCUCUGUUUUCCAUAGAGGUGAGGUCGCUGUUUGUAGUGCUAACUAUUUCCAUGGCAGUAGACUGUGAUGCCAUCAGUGGAAGAUUUAGGCAUUCCUCUGAGUACUGGCAAUUAAAAAUUAUGGAUUGUGAGAUAAGGCUUGCCUUUACCAAGCUCCAUGGCAUUAUAGCCCACAUGGGGCUUGGAAACCAUUGCUUAAUUCUUUGGGGCCUUAGCAUGGGUAAUGGAAUAAGUGAAUUGGAGUUGUUUGAUCUUAGAACGAAAACAGUUAUGUUUAAAAUGAAAUAAAAUCAGCAACUCGAAAGCGUCUUCUGUGCCUGGGUGGAAAGAACACAUAUGAAUUGCAGUCUGAUGACUACAGUUUGUGCACUGAAAUUCCCGGAGAAAUUUCUAUUGCUUUUCAUCAUUUGGGAGCAUUUCAGUUUGCCUGUCACAUGACACUGUUUUUAGCCAACUCCAAAGAAACAUGCAAUGAAAAACUAGCUUUAGCCCUUAUUAUUACCUGAAACUUAGAAGUUAGUUCCACUGCAUUCAGUAGAGCUUACUUCCAGGUUAGUGUGCAUAUGAUUGUGACCUUAACCUUUCUAUCAUCUGCAUUUAAGAAAUAUGUUUGCCAGAGAUCAGUAACCUUUUGAUAUUAGAUAGUAUGAUUUCAAAACUGUGUCAACUGGCUUUGUUCCAUUCCAGUCAAAGUUAUUUGAGAUUCAGGUAUGCUGGAUUAACAAAUUUAUGGACCACAGAUCUGAUCAUAGCACAGGCUUCUUCCUGACAUCUAUGGAUAUAUCCUCCUUUAAAUUACAUAUUUUGGGUUAUAGGCAGUGUUAAUCAGAGUAGACCCAUUGAAAUUAAUGGAUAUGACUAACUUAGGUCCAUUCAUUUCAGUAGAUAUCCUUUGAGUAAAGCUUAGUGUGUCUACUGCUACAGAAGCAGCCCAUGAAAUGGAUCGGUUAAAAGUUCUUAUGAAACAGGAGAAGGCUAUACUGUGUAAACAAUUUGGAAAACUAUUCUGCUGGAAUUGCACCAAAUGUGUCCUUGUGCACAGAAAAUUAAGAUAAAAAUUGGAAAAAGGGAUUAGCAGCACUAUGGAAAGUGUGUGGGGAGGGUAAAUUUAAAAACUGUUUCUGUUUCUUAAAACAGAAAUUGGAUCAUCACUGGAUGCGGCUAUUUUAGCAACAGUUUAACAAAAAUGGAAUCAUUCCAGUGGAAUUUUAACAGUAAUCAGGUCAGGCCCCUGAGCAGGGUUAAGGAAAUUUUGAGUGAUAAUAAGGCCACUAGUAUUUGAAUAUCUUCAAAUAAGAGAGAGUUCAGAUGCAGAGUGGAAUUGAGAGAGUUAAAUACUGUUGAAGGAUUAAUUUGAGAGAAACCAAGAAAUAUGCUGUUUGAAAUUUACCAAAUUAUACUGAGUAAGAGAGAAGACAGAAAAUAGGAUUACACUUGAAAAUGGGAAGCAGUGAUAGGAGAGGGGGUUCUAGAGGAUAUGGGGGAAUAUAUGAACAAUAUGAAUUGUAUCAAUAUCAUUAAUAAAAAACCCAAGUUAUAGACUAGGUGAUAUUCAACUCUUUUAAAAGGGUAUAUGUGAUACUGGUAACAGUAACCCUUGGAAGUGUUGAACAGAGUGGAUGUUAUCCACUGUUGGUGGACUUCCCAGAGGCAAAACAUUUAUUUCAAGAAAUCAUAUUUAAUAUUCGCAGGAUGUCUUUUAUAUGAUGUUAGCAGCUAGGAUGCUGCGUGUAAAAUACUGGGGGAAAGGAAAUUCCUCUAAAAGAGUGGUUCACUAAACUAUGGGAAUUUGCAGCUGUAAGUAAAAUUAGAUGGAAUUUUAGGGUUAGACAAGAAAAGCAGAGGAUUAAUAGAUUUGAACAAGAACGAGACGUGCUUAAGAAUUUUAAGGAUGAUCAGGUAUAACACUGUGAGCAGAGGGUUUCCCACGACUGGUAGAAAGUGGCAUGAGAAGUGGUGCAUGGCAUCACGUUGGCAUCAGUUGUCAGUCUAGUGCUAAAAAUGAGUGCUGUGUGCCAGACUGCAGAAAUCAGGCAGUGGCUGCAGACGUGGCUAAUAUUUAAUCCUGAUGAGGGUUAAGAGGGCAAAAAAUAAUACAAUCACUUCUGGGUGCUAGAAUUCUGAUGAUGCAGUUUCUUCUUUGCCACCAGCACCCAUUAUCUGGACAUAAAUUGAAUUUGUAAGUCUUGAACACUGAACGGAUAAUAUAAGUGGCACCAGCUUCCAAGGAAUCUGGGAAAGGAGGGAACUUGUAAAAAUCCUGUUGUCAAAGCUAAAGUAUGGCUGGCAUCCUUGUCCUGCCCUUUUCAACUUUUAUGUACAAGCUGCGAGAGGUUCUCUUCUCAUGCCUUGUCACAAGUGUGCUCAGUUGCCCACAUUGCUGAGAUGUAGCCACCCUGAGCCUUUGUAGUUAAGUAGUGGCAGAAGAAGGGCAUUUCUCCCAGUGAUCUAUCUCCUUGCAUGAUCAUCCUCCAUGGAUCCUCCAUGGGAAUGUGAAACUCGACUCACACAGGAGCCAGUUUGCCCUUGAUCUUGUAUUAUAUGGACUCUGUUCAUUCUUACAGCUCAGUCCAAAGGUGGAAUCAACAAGACUUGCAAAAAUAAGAUUCUUCAUAGACAAUAUGUUGAGCCAGUCUCUUCUGUUAGCGACCUGGUUACUAUUUGUCUCAAGCAAGCCCUCACUCUGGUUGUCAUAACCAAAGUUGUGAGGAACCAGUGGCAAGACUUCAGGGACAUCCUGUGAUGAUCUGAGAGCCCCUUACCCACACCACUGUAGGCUAGGACUAUAGGCAGGGACUCCUCCAAAUGCAUUAUACAGUGGUACCUCGGGUUAAGUACGUAAUUCGUUCCAGAGGUCUGUUCUUAACCUGAAACUGUUCUUAACCUGAAGCACCACUUUAGCCAAUGGGGCCUCCUGCUGCCGCCGCGCCGCUGAAGCACAAUUUCUGUUCUCAUCCUGAAGCAAAGUUCUUAACCCGAGGUACUAUUUUUGGGUUAGCAGAGUCUGUAACCUGAAGCGUAUUUAACCCGAGGUACCACUGUACCUUCUUGAUAUGAGAUAAUUUUUUACAAAUUACAGUACCAUGAGUAAAUCUGACUUCCUCCCUCUCUCCCUUAUUUGGUGUUUUUUUUCAAACUUACUUGGACUUUGGAGGUUGAGAGACGUGCUUUGGAUCCCCUGCAAAGUUUUCACUCCAUCUCACCAUAUUUUAAGAUAUUCACAAACUGAACAUUGUGCUGUGUUGUCAACACCCUUAUAACAUUUUUUGUUGCCAGGAACAAAGUCCUGUGUAAACAUCUUCUGCUAUGUGGCAUUUAGCAUGCCUCCUUGCCAGUUCUUUUGCCCGUUUCCUUGGUUAUUAAGUAUUUUCUUCAAAGCAAUGCAUUUAAGACUUCUGCUCAAAACUCAUGAUGUGUGACAAACCCAGUACACCAAGGUUUAUAAGCAGAUCGCUCACCGUUGAAGAUUUCUCUUUAAAUUCCUUUUAUUUAAUAUGCUUCUGUAUACUUUCUAUACAUGUGCGCAGGGGAGGAAGUCCUAUUGAACAGACAUGCUUAAAAUUGCAGUGUAAAGUGACAGGUUGUUGAGCUCAGCCCCAGUGCACAAUUUAACAUGUUGCUCUGUGGUAGCAGCAGCAGCUAUGGCAGUUGCUCUCAGACCCCUUAUCUGAAUGGUCUUCCCCAGCCGUAGGUAGUAGGGUUUCACUCUUUGUAUCAAUUUUUAUUCCUGUAUGUGUUAAUUGCUGCAUGAACAGUGCUACAAAUAAAUGAGUCACUGCUCCACUUUCCUGAAUGAAACAAAAAUAGAAUGGGGGAAGGAGGUCAAAUCAGAUUUUUCCAGGGGAUUUUGCUUUGCGUUCACAAUUCUCUCAUGAUGUAACAUAAGUAAGGACCAAUGAAGAGAGGCUAUAGAUGAGAAUUACCGUAUUUUUCGCUCUAUAAGACACACCAGACCAUAAGACGCACCUAGUUUUUGAAGGAGGAAAACAAGAAAAAAAAUAUUCUGAAUCUCAGAAGCCAGAACAGCAAGAGGGAUUGCUGCGUAGUGAAAGCAGCAAUCCCUCUUGCUGUUCUGGCUUCUGAGAAAGCUGCGCAGCCUGCAUUCGCUCCAUAAGACGCACACACAUUUCCCUUUACUUUUUAGGAGGGAAAAAGUGAGUCUUAUAGAGUAAAAAAUACGGUAAUUCAGUCGUAUUGUGGGAUUUCUGAUAGUCUUUGGCAAGGCAGUAAAUUUUGACCACUGAAUACAAACGAUCUCAAUCCAUCUCUAUGUUAAUGUUUGAAAAAAUACUUACAUGGGACCUUUUCUGUUACUUAUUUUAAGAAGUGCUUGGAGUUCCCCAGUAAAAACCUACUUGAGUUUUGAGAUCUAUGGGGAGGCCUGGCUUAUGGUACCCUCAUGAGUAUGAGCUGGAGUGAGUAGCAGGGUCUUCUCAGUGGCAGCACCUCAUUUUUUGAACUCCUGCCCAGUAUAGAUAUAGCUGUCCUCUUCUUUAUAUUCAUCAAGGUAGCAGCUAGUGACCUACCUAUUUUUGCAGGUUUUUAGAGCAUAGUGAGAGUAGCCCUGUUGGAUUAACUGAGUGUGAUAUGUGUUUUAACUUUUUUAUGUUGAAUUUUACAAAUGUUAGCAGCUCCAGGAUCUGUAUGAGGAAAAGCAGGUAUAAGAGGGGAAAAUAUUUUUGUGCCACCUACCCUUCAUCAAGUCAGGUUCCUGGGUGGUGUGCAGCAUAUAUCGUGUCAAAUUUCUGAAAUUGAAAGAUGGCAGCUCACACACCAGGUGACCAUAGAGACUGGGAGUUCCCAAUAUGGCACCCUUAGGCACCCUGAUACCUGCAGAUACCUGUCAGUUUCUUUUUUAAAAAAACAAGACUUUUGUAGGGGGAGUUGGUUGUUUGGGGAUGUGUUCUUUUCUUUUAUGGUUGAUCCCUGAUACAGUGGGGGAUCCCUGAUAUAAGCAGAAUACAUUCCUGUCUAUCAUUCCAUCAGUCCCUCAAGAAGAACCUUUCAGAGAGGCUGUGUCUCAAAGCACCAUCAGCAGUGACAUGGUGCCAGAAAGAGAAGAGGUAGUGCAAAAUAGCUAUUAUAUUAACAAAGGUCAAGAUUAAUUGGUAACAUGCACAAUUAAACUGGGAAGAAAAUUGGGGAAAGAGUUGAUUUAAUUUAAUUCUGAUUACAUUACAGAGUGUGCUGUAUACAGUGGAAUGGAAAUUAUGUUAACUCAUCUGUAGACUAUUUCAGUGGUGUGCACAUAGCCAUUUUGCUUGCAGUGUAUGUAAUUCUAACCAUGCUUACAUCAGAAAUAAUUCCCACUGAGCACAAUGAGAAUUAUUCCUUGAUAAGUCUGCGUAAGGUGGCAGUCUGAAUGUUUAUGUCAGUUAUGAAUUACCGUAGAAAAUGUUGUAGGCAACAAUUGUGAACAUCCUAACAAAGUUGUUUGGGUUUAGUUUGUAACGUUAGCUGUUUCUGCGUAUGUGUGCUUUUGGUCUAUUAUGCAGUUUUGUGGCAAUGUUAGUAAGUGUAGAAUUCCGAUGCUUCCUUAAUCGUACAGAUUACUCAUCAUUGUCAAUUCAAAGCAGCGGUCUGAAAUGCCUUUUAAGCUAGUCUGAUGAAAAGCAAAAUCUAAUAAUUGCUUCUCAUUGCAGAAAUCUGUGACAAGAUAAUAGCAUUACAUUUUAACAAUACUUCUAUUUUAUUAAUAGCUGUAUCGGUAAAAGUGAACCUUCCAUAACUGCGUAUAGAUGAGUGUUUGGGAGUAUGUUUAAUAUGCAAGGUGGAAAUGUGUUUGAGGAAGAAUUGUUCUUUCUGAUGAUUGCUAUGUGUGUGUGUGUGUGUGUGUGAGAGAGAGAGAAAGAGAGAGAGAAUUACAUAGAAUUUGCUGAGUGGUUUUCAUCAGAUUCCUGGCAUAAUUGUGCAAUUGCAUUUUUUGUAAAAAAAAAAUAUCUAGUUAGGUUUUAAUUUUUUUAUAGCAUAUGUUAUCAUUAGCAAAGGUAACUGUCUCAUCCUCUUCUAUUAAGCCAUGGAUGGGGAUAUUGUGGCCCUCCAAAUGUUGGCUUCCGACUCCCAAUGACCAAGGGUGAUGAAAAUGGUAAUCCAGCAACAGUGGGGGAGCAACAGCUUCCCUAGCCCUAUGCAAAGCUGUUGACCCGGGAACUUUAAAGCUUUAUUUUGGACCUUGUGGUUCUUGGUACCACCUUCUGCUGUGACAUAUCUGUUAACAACAAAGUUCAAUGCAUCUGUUGUGAGGCCUGUUUUUCUUCGCGAUAGUUAUAGUGGUGGAGAAAAUUUGAAUGGAGAGGCUUAUAGUGAAAGAGACUGCAUUUACCUAUACAGUGGUACCUCAGGUUAAGUACUUAAUUCGUUCCGGAGGUCCGUUCUUAACCUGAAACUGUUCUUAACCUGAAGCACCACUUUAGCUAAUGGGGUCUCCCGCUGCUGCUGCUGCUGCGCCGCCAGAGCACGAUUUCUGUUCUCAUCCUGAAGCAAAGUUCUUAACCUGAGGUACUAUUUCUGGGUUAGCGGAGUCUGUAACCUGAAGCGUCUGUAACCUGAAGCGUCUGUAUCCAGAGGUACCACUGUACUGGAUUACUAUUGUAAGUACUUUUGGAUGUAUCCCAAUAGCUUUGAUUCCCCUAUUACAUUAUGUAUAUGCCCAAUUAGUAUGAGGUUUGUAAUUCUUAUGAUUUCAGUUGUUAAUUCACUCAAACCCCAUAUUAUAUUUCUUUCUUUAACUGCCAGCCUUACCACACGCCUGCCAAAAGCUGGAGAAACCAUACACGGUCACAGGUUUUUCUCUGGAUUUGGAGGGAAAGGUGCCAACCAGUGUGUCCAAGCUGCUCGACUUGGGGCGAAAACCUCCAUGAUAUGCAUGGUAAGCAUCUUCUGGGUUCACACCUGCCCCAAAUAUACAUACGGUCGUAAGUGUAUUUUUAAAAAGCAACAGUGAAAAACAAAUGAAGAACGGAGGGUUCAAGUCAGCUUUCUAGCAGUGCACCUUAAGCUAGCUCCUCAGAAGCCUGGUUAGAAAGCAUGGUCUUUAUUGCUUUUCUUAAAAACCACAGUGGGGCAAGUGGGGCAUAUUUUCCUCAGGAGGGAACUUGAUACAAUGGGUACCCCCACUGCAAAAAGCUCUGUUUGUCAGGCUUCAGGGAAUCCGACCCAUCCACCCCCAGUACGCUGCCAGGAAUAGACAAAACAGGGAGAGUUCUUACCAAUGUCUUUUAUUCAAUAUUCACAGAGAGGCUUAGAAAUGGUGCCUCUUAGAGUAAUGGCAUUGCUCUGACUAAUCCCCAUCCCCCUUCUCUCCUCAGUCGUCAACAGCACCACCCACUUUACGGUGGCCGCUUAGGGACAUUUGCCAACGAGCCCUUUGCUCUCAUAUUUUCAAUGCUCACUUGGUUCUGGGAGAAGUGGGGUCUGGAUUGCUUUCUAGUGAUAACGUGACAGCCAGCUGCUCUGACUGUUUUCCCCUCCUCCUCUCCCGUUAUUUCCCAACUCUGCCCUUCCUCUACCUCUGAGUUGUGACUUUCCUCAAACCACUGUUGUAAAUCUAUACUGUCUUCCUCUUCUCUGGAAGGUUCAGGAGGGGGAGGCGGUCUCCACCAUUCCUCCAGUCCCUGACACUGUUUUGUAGUAGCAGUAUUCUUACUUGAGAUGCUAGUGGCACUGUUUAUAGCUCUGCUCAAGGGAGAUAUAGGAGUGGAUAGUCUUUAAGGUUUCCCAGAUGCAGACCAUUUGAGAUGGGAAUAGGCUGUAGCUCAGUGGGUAUAGCAUACAGAAGGUCCCAAGUUCACUUCCUAGCAUCGCCAGGUAGGGCUGGGAGAGACCCCCUGGCUGACUUUCUGGAGUGCUGCUGCCAGUUACUAUUUUUAUUUUAUUCUUUAUUUAAUUUCUAUGCCGCCCUACACCCAAAGGUCUCAGGGCGGUUCACAUAAAAUAUCAAAUACAUAAAAUCAUAUCAAAUACAUAAAAUCAGUUAUUGUCAACAAUGCUGAGCUAGAUGAGCCUAUGGUCUGACUUGGAAUAAAACAGUUUCCUAUGUUCUUAUAUUCCUAUUUUCCAAAUGUCAUUGGAAUCAGCCCAACUCCCAUCAGUCCUGACCAUCAGUCCCAGACAGCAUGUCCAAUGAUCAGGGAUGAUGAGAGCUGUACUCUUAACAUUCGGACGCAAGCGCUCCACUCCUCUUUUGAAGGCUGAAACCUGCACCUUGGACUUCUAAUAAUGCUGUAAUGGACUAGUGAAAACCAACCAACCAACCAACCAACCAACCAACCCUGUAUUGCUGCAUCCUGGACCAGCUGAUGUUUUCAAAAAUGUCUUCAAGGGCAAGCCCAUGUAUGUCAUUAGUAAAGGCAAGAGAUAGCCAAAUCAGGCCGGACAAUGGUUCAGCCCUUCCAGAAAGCGUUCUCCCAACUGGUGACAAUAACUCCUGGCCAUAGACAGACACAUCAACUUAAAGGAGCAAAGCCAAAUUGAUCGGCUCUCCUAAGGAGUGUGGCCCUACAUCCGCCUUUAACAGACCAUCCACCCCCAGCAUCUCCAUUUUAUCUGGCUGAGCUUCAGUUUUGUUCCUUUGCAGCACUUUAAGAAUGAAAGUCGCCUCUGAACCUCAGUUGUGCUUUGUUAGCAAAGGCUUGGGUUUGCUAAGUAUGGAAUGUAAAAAAGCACCCUAUCAUUGCAAAACCAAUUAUCUUCCCAUUCAGAGUCUUGCUUUUUUUAUCAAAUACUUGAAGGAAGGGGCAUAAGAAAGAAAUGAUCCCCAAAUAGAAGGUAUAUUCUUCCCAAAGACCUGUCCUUGGAUCCAAUCCCUUCCAACUCUACAAUUCUAUGAAAUUAGUACAUUUUUUUUUAUCCCAAACUGACUGAAAUCAGUGGCUUGAAGCAAAAAGAACAAUUUUAAAAGUCUUAGAUGGUUUUAUGCUGCAUUCUGCACUACCGUAAUGCAUUGAACCACACAGAACACUCUUGGGAAGCAUAGCUAAUGUCAGCUCUGUUAUAAUGUUAGCAUAGGAAUCAAGGACCGACUGGGAAUCCUGAAACCACAAAUCGCUCCUGCUCAGUUUCAAGAACCACUUGACAUGUUUAUUUGUCUGAUUCCUCUCUGGUCUGUGACCACAACAGUCCAUCUUCACCAAAAUGUCCCUGAUGUCUAUGCUCUCCCUUAGGAACAGUGAUAUUCUUUAAUGGCAUCUUAAUAGCAUCUUCUAAAAUGCUUUGUCUUGCUAUAUGCUUUUGAAAUCACUUUCAACCCAUGGUGCUAAACAUUCACUUAAAAAUCUGGUUUUGUGGAGCUUGUUUUAUGGAUAUCCUAUUUUUGCAUUUUUAAAAUAGUCUUCUCCCAGAGAGACCUCACACUACAUUAUUUUGCAAUCACUUUAUACGGUGAAAGAAAUCCCAAGUGGGACAUCGUAGAAUCCUAAAUAUGAGUUGCAGCAAUACAGCAAAAUAAUAUGCCUAUUAAACUUUCUGGGUGGAAUUCAACAUAUGGUAUGUGCAUGGGGAACAAGAUUCAUUCCCACACUAAGAUGUUUCCACCCCCUCCUCCCACCCCAUGCACCCCUUAAACCUCUUUGGAGCUUCCCCCAAACCUCCAGAGCGGAUUUAAGGGGUGGAGGAAGUCCCCCACUGUUUGAAUGGACCUUGUUAUGCUCACGGAACAAUUCAGUUAAAUCCCACCUCAUGUAUUUGAAAUGGUCUUACAAAACAGGAGUGCAGAAUGCUUUAAUGUUAAAAUUUGCUGAAACCACAGCCUCAGUAAAUCAAGAUGCACAAGAAGAGCGUGUAUCUUUCCCCCCUUGUUGAUAUAGAAUAUUUGCAUUUGGAAUACAAGGCUGUGACACGUGUGCAAUAUAUAGUUGCAUAACAUCAACUAAAUGUAAGAGAUCUAAUGUUUUUUCACUUUUGCUGUGUAGGUUGGGAAGGAUUCCUUUGGCAAUGAUUAUCUUGAAAACUUUAAGAAAAAUGGGAUUCCCACAGGUAAAUGUUUCAUAUUUUAACUAUGUUGCACCCAAGUAAAUCACAGACCAUCAGCGGUAUGGGGGUGGGGGCAGCAGUGGCAUCCUCCCAAGGCUGGUGAGACAGUAGCAAGGUCAGGAAAGCUCUGGGUUGGCAGUGGCAGCCUGCAGAUGUAUGCCCACCUGCAGAGCCGCUGCCAAGCUAGAGCUCCCCUGACUUCUCCAUCCCCACAUCCUGUCCUAUAGCCAUCCUGAUGAGCACAGGCCAGCCAGAGGCUACUGGAUUAGACCCAUGGAAAUGAAUGGGCAGGCUUCCAAGCAGUUUACAAGUAUGCAAACCAAUUACACAAGCAUUAAAAUAUAAAUAUCCAUAAUUAAAAUACCCAAUAAAACAGCACUGUAAUUGAAGCAGGAGAGUCGUGUCAAGAGAUCAAGGGGAAGGCCUGCUUAAACAGGUAUGUCUUAAAAAGCUGGCCGAAUGCCAAUACAGAUGGGACCUCUCCUUUUUCAGCAGAGUGGUUCUUCCACAACUAGGCCACCGGUGAAAAUCGUUACAGUGUGACAUGGCUAAUUGGAUUCCGUUUGUUCAUCCUAAUGCCCUGACCCUGGCAAUGCAGGGGAAUUCUGGCUUUCAGAUAACCUGGUCCAGAGUUGUUACUUGCGCAGAAAGCCCUAAACAACACCUUCAGACCGGUUUGGCGACUGAUAGUUAGCAAGUGCAGGUCCCAUAGCCCAGGUGUGACAUGUAGCUGGUAAGGGGCACCACCCAGGCAACAGUCUUCAGCACCAGCUGCUAUGUUCAGAAUAGCCUUAAGGGGAGCCCCACACAAAGCCCAUUACAGUUGCCUAAAUGUAAGGUUGGCGGUUCCGCAACAGGGUGAGCUCCCGUUGUUUGGUCCCAGCUCCUGGCAACCUAUCAGUUCGAAAGCAUGUCAAAGUGCAAGUAGAUAACUAGGUACCACUCCAGCGGGAAGGUAAAUGGUGUUUCCAUGUGCUGCUCUGGUUUGCCAGAAGCGGCUUAGUCAUGCUGGCCACAUGACCUGGAAGCUGUACACUUGGCCAAUAAAGCGAGAUGAGCACCGCAACCCCAGAGUCAGCCACGACUGGACCUAAUGGUCAGGGGUCCCUUUACCUUUAAGCCGCACAGAGUGUCUGGGGCAACCCAGUCAGAUGGGCGGCAAGUAAUAAUAAUAGUGUUUUAAUUGUCUUUAUAUGUAGUUGUAUAAUAAUAAUAAUAAUAAUAAUAAUAAUAAUAAUAAUAAUAAUAAUAAUUUAUUUAUACCCCACACAUCUGGCUGGGUUUCCCCAGACACUCUGUGCAGCUUCCAACAGAAUAUUAAAAUACAAUAGUCUAUUAAAAAUUAAAAGCUUCCCUAAACAGGGCUGCCUUCAGAUGUUUUCUAAAAGUCUGGUUGUAGUUUUUCUCUUUGACAUCUGGUGGGAAGGCGUUCCACAGGGCGGGUGCCACUACCAAGAAGGCCCUCUGCCUGGUUCCCUAUAACUUGGCUUCUUGCUGCGAGGGAACCGCAAGAAGGCCCUCAGCACUGGACCUCAGUGUCCGAGCUGAAUGAUGGGGGUGGAGACGCUCCUUCAGGUAUUCUGGACCGAGGCCAUUUAGGGCUUUAUAGGUCAGCUCCAACACUUUUGAAUUGUGCUCGGAAAUGUACUGGGAGCCAAUGUAGGUCUUCCAUACCGGUGUUAUGUGGUCUCGGCAGCUGCUCCCAGUCACCAGUCUAGCUGCCGCAUUCUGGAUUAGUUGUAGUUUCCGGGUCACCUUCAAAGGUAGCCCAGCAUAGAGCACAUUGCAGUAGUCCAAGCAAGAGAUAACUAGAACAUGCAACGCUCUAGCGAGACAGUCUGCGGGCAGGUAGGGUCUCAGCCUGCAUACCAGAUGGAGCUGAUAAGCAGCUGCCCUGGACCCAGAAUUGACCUGUGCCUCCAUGGACAGCUGUGAGUUCAAAAUGACUCCCAGGCUGCGCACCUGGUCCUUCAGGGGCUCAGUUACCCCAUUCAGGUCCAGGAAGCCCUCCACACCUGCCUACCUCCUGUCCCCCCAAAACAGUACUUCAGGAUUCAACUGUCAGGAUUCAACCUCAAUCUGUUAGCUGCCAUCCAUCCUCCAACCACCUCCAGACACUCACACAGGACCUUCACCGCCUUCACUGGUUCUGAUUUAAAAGAGAGGUAGAGCUGGGUAUCAUCCGCAUACUGAUGAACACCCAGCCCAAACCCCCUGAUGAUCUCUCCCAGUGGCAGCAUGUAGAUGUUGAAAAGCAUGGGGGAGAGGACAGAACCCUGAAGCACCCCACAAGUGAGAGCCCAGGGGUCUGAACACUCAUCCCCCACCACCACUUUCUGGACACGGCCCAGGAGAAAGGAGUGGAACCACCGUCUAACAGUGCCCCCAGCCCUUCUAGAUGGACCAGAAGGAUGUUAUGGUCGAUGGUGUCAAAAGCUGCUUUGAGAUCCAGCAGAACUAGGAAACAGCUCUCACCUUUGUCCCUAGCACGCCGGAGAUCAUCGACCAGCGCGACCAAGGCAGUUUGAGUCCCAUGAUGAGGCCUGAAUCCCAACUGCAAGGGAUCCAAAUGGUCCGCUUCUUCCAGGCAUGCCUGGAGUUGUUCAGCAACCACUCGCUCAAUUACCUUGCCCAAGAAUGGAAGAUUUGAGCCCGGGCAAUAGUGGGCCAUAUUGGCCGCAUCUAAAGGUUUUUUUUAAGAAGCGGUUUAAUAACCGCCUCUUUCAUCGGGUCUGUGAAGGCUCCCUCGCAGAGAGAAGCAUUCACCACCCCAUGAAGCCCGUUGCCCAGCCCUUUCUGGCUAGCUUUUAUAAGCCAGGAUGGGCAAGGAUCAAGGAGACAGGUGGUUGGUUUCACUCAUCCAAGCAGCCUUUCCACAUCCUCGGAGGUAACAGAUUGGAAUUGAUGCCACGCAACUUGACUAGACGGGACUCUAGCACUCUCCCGCCCCAGCCCUGCUCCCACGGUGGAGUCUACCUCUUCCGGAAUCAGAGCGACUUUAUCUGCAAAAAACAGAUAAUAUAAAUGUUUUAUAUUGUAUUGUAAGAUUUUUCAAGAUGCUUUAUGGGAGGUGAUUCAUAAAUGAAAUUAAUAAUAAUAAUAGUUCAGCAUUGUCUACUACAUUGAAUGUUAGCAGCUCUCUUAAGAUUUCAGACAAGGACUUUUCAGAGUCCUACUUUAAGAUGCCACGGUUUGAUGCAAGUGCAAAGUACUUGCUGUAUACCUGAGCUACAGUCUUUCCCCCAAGACAGAGGGAUAAAUUAUAGUAAUGAGACAAAACUGUCCUCUGAAUCAAUCAUUAGUUGAGAUUUUAAUCUGGAAUUAAAUCAACAGCCAUUAUAAUAGUUACAAUGAAAUAUUAACAGCAUUUGAAAGCUAGCUAGGUGGCAUUUCUAAGUAUUGAGUUGGAUGCUACACACAAGGAAAAAGAGCCACCUGUGUGGUCUCUUUUGUAGUUGUUUAUGAGGUCCAAAGGGGAAUCUGCUUUGGAAAGACACAGAGGCUGUAUUCACAUAAUUUCUAUCCAAAGUCCUCUUCCUCUACUCAGCAAAGCAGGCCAGCAGAGGCAUAGGAAGUUUGUAAAACUGUGCGCAUGAAACUCAAACAAAGUGGAUAAAGAAAAAGAACAUCUUCAUAAUAUUAUAAUUCUAAGUGACCCAAUGUAGUUGCUUGACAGUAUGUUCAAGAUUGGGGAAAUGUACAACUGUGGACAUCAUCGUGUGCAGAAGUCAUAUAAAUGUUUAUUCUGCCAUGUUUACGUGAAUUAACAGUACAUUGCAGCUUCCAGUAAAGUCUGUAUUAAAAGCUCGCUUUUGCUGAAACAGAGAAUUAACUGCAGUUAAUUAAUCUGAGUUUGUUUUUAUUGUCUUGUGAUUUUAUUUUAGCACGUAUGAGGUUCUCCUCACCCUCUGGUAUUGCUGCAUUACUAUAUAUAUAUAUAUAUAUGUGUGUGUGUAUAUGUAUGUAUAUAUAUAUAUAUGUGUGUGUGUGUGUGUGUGUAUAUAUAUGUGUGUGUGUGUGUGUGUGUAUAUAUAUGUGUGUGUGCAUAUAUACACACACACACAUACAUAUAUAUAUAUAUAUAUAUACACACACACACACACAGACACACAGAGUAGUACCUCAGGUUACAUACGCUUCAGGUUACAUACACUUCAGGUUACAGACUUUGCUAACCCAGAAAUAGUACCUUGGGUUAAGAACUUUACUUCAGGAUGAGAACAGAAAUUGUGCAGUGGCGGCACAGCGGCAGCAGGAGGCCCCAUUAGCUAAAGUGGUGUUUCAGGUUAAGAACAGUUUCAGGUUAAGAAUAGACCUCCAGAACGAAUUAAGUUCUUAACCCAAGGUACCAUUGUUUACACACCCCCACAACCCCACACACCCCAGUGGAUUUAUUCUAGUUUUCACUUUUCCUAGUGGCAUUUUUUUUCAUUCUUUUUUUAAAAUUGCCAUAAGUACUGUGCUAAAACAUUAUGUCUUAUUUAUUUUAUUUUAUUCUAGAAUUUGUUGGCCAAACAGAGGAUGCUGCUACUGGAGCGGCUUCGAUCAUUGUCAACAAGGAAGGUGGGUAUCUAGGGAUAUUCUGAAUUUUUUUCCAACUGUUGUUCUAAUGAAGUUGCUGGGUUUUAAAGGGGGAAGGGAAUCAAUCAUUUUUCUGGGAUUCUGAAAGUUAAAGUGGCCGCCGCGCCCCCCCCCCCCCCAAUAUUCCUUAGGUUGGAGCUGCACUGUGGUUUAAUGUUCACUGAAAAUUAAAGUUCUCCUCACGCUUGGACAAUAAAUAACUGUUGGGGCGGAGGUAGAGAAAAGAAAAACCAACCCAACAACAUCCAGGAAGGACAGCACUACAGUUCAAUACAUUAGUCAGUACAACAUUACUCUUGCCAUUUACAUUAUCCUCGCUUAGCGGAAUUAGUUUGCUUGGUAACAAUAAAACCUGCAAUUUUAUCCUGCUCUUCCUUUUCUCACAAGCCUUCGUAGAUAGGUUUUGUAGCAUUCAUAUUUUCAAGAAAAGGUCAUUUAUAACAGAAGGGAGAAGAGCUGUAUCUCAUUGGUAGGACAUCUGCUUUGCAUGCAGAAGGUCCCAGGUUCAAUCCCAGGUUACACAGCAGAGCCAACGGAAGCCAGGCUAUCCCCAUCCAAAUCGGGACACGGGUAGCACUGUUGUCUAAACCACUGAGCCUUUUGGGCUUGCUGAUUGGAAGGUUGGCGGUUCGAAUCCUUGUGAAGGGGUGAGCUCCCAUUGCUCUGUCCCAGCUCUUACAAACCUAGCAGUUCGAAAGCACACCAGUGCAAGUAGAUAAAUAGGUACCACUGUGGCGGGAAGGUAAAUAGCAUUUCCGUGCACUCUGGCUUCGGUCACGGUGUUCCAUUGCGCCAGAAGCAGUUUAGUCAUGCUGGCCACAACACCCAGAAAUCUGUCUGUGGACAAAUGCCAUCUCCCUCUGCCUGAAAGCGAGAUGAGCGCCACAACCCCAUAGUCACCUUUGACUGGACUUAACCAUCCAGGGGUGCUUUACCUUUUACCUUUUACCUAUCCCCAUCCAGGUAGUGGGGGGGGAGAGAAAGUGGCAAGGCAUUAUCAAGUAGUACCAGGCCCUUUGUACUGUUUUGUUCCACCAUAAGAAACUGCCAUUCCAUUCUUCCUUGUUAUUGACGUCUUUUUAUCUCCACCCACCAUUCCUUUGAGAUACAAGAUGUUCCCUUGUUGCUGUUGAUUAUAGCUAUCCUGGGAAUAAGAGGGAGUAUUAUGACAACUUGGGGUCUUCCGGCUAUUUGCUAUGACAUUUUACUGACCCACAUAAAUUUUUGGUGGGGUGGAUGCCUUGGGGUCAAGCUGGCUCUGACAACAUUGACAGAACUGUAGUAUUCUGCAGACCCCUUCCUUGUGUUGUCUCUCCCUCCAAAUGCUCUGUGUAAUUUUCCACAUUGUUUGACUAGUUCUUACGUGUGAGAUGUCCUCUUGUAAAGUGCAGAUUAGCUCUUACAAAACCAAAGGAGAACAUUCAUCCCUAGUCUAGAAGAGGAAAGGAUGGAUGGCUGACCUGUUAUCCUUGAUCAAAUUCCAUAGCAGUCUUUUCUAGGAGCGAUUUCUGUUCUGAGCAAGGAUUUGAUGGGCUAAAUAGCUGACAUGUCUACAUCAGGUUAAUUAGUACAGAUAAGCUGACCCUGCCCAGAACCUAUUGCUUAAGACCAAAGGUAGAACUUUGUUUUCCCCAUGCAUGAGUUCCACAAGAAACCAAGCAAAGAUCAGGGCUUGUAGACAUAGGCUGGAAUCUGGAGGGCAAAAUUCACUUCCGCUCAUGCAAGGGCUUCUUCUCUGCAUGGCAUUCCAUGGCAUUCUGGACAACCUUCCCAACCUAUGUUCAGUCCUGAAAUAAGCUCUCAGUAUCAUGCUAUUCCGUGAUCACCUCCAAUAUUCACGUGCUUUCCUUGUGCCUGUCUAGUGAGAUGGUGCUGAGGGGAGCAUAGUAAUUCUGGGUGAGAAUGACAUCUCCUUUGUUCCCUGGCAUGGGCUCUGAUUGGGCAUGUCAGCAUGUUAUGACUGUGAACCUCAAAGGAUACUGGCCAGUCUAGCUGAGAGCACCAAAAUAGGCUGCUAUACAAUAUAUAUAAAAGCCAGGACAAGUGUGUGACUUCCCUGGGAGGCUUCUGGGGGCUCAAAACCCUGGCAAGGCCCAGCACUGUGCUAAAGACCUGGACAGGUCAUCCAGCACGUCACUUUCCUACAGUACCUCUGAUGUCGCAUUGUUCUGGGACACUGGGAAAUUUUAAAAAGCAGAGCUUAAGAUGAGCCGACUGGAACAGGCCAAUGACCCUUCUUGUCUGGCAUCUUGUUCUCACAAUGGCCAACCAGACACCUUUGGGAAGCCUGCAAACUGGACAUGAGUGCAACAGCACUCUGCCCUCCUGCAAUUCCUAGCAAUUGGUAUUCAGAGGUACAAUGCCUCUGACUGUGGAGGUAGAACAUAGCCAUUGAUAGCCUUGUCCUCCAUUAACUUGUCCGAUCCUCUUUUAGAUAGCUCGUUCGGUAGAGCAUGGGACUCUUAAAUCUCAGGGUCAUGGGUUUGACCCCCACGUUGGGCAAAAGAUUCCUACAUUGCAUGGGGUUGGUUGAGUUGACCCUCGUGGUCCCUUCCAACUCUGUUCUAUGAUUCUGAGUUGGCGGCCAUCACUUCUUCCUGUGCAAGCAAGUCCCAUAGUUUAACAAUGCACUGGGUGAAGAAGUUCUUUCUUUUAUCUGUCCUUGAACGUUCAGCUUCAUUUUGUUGCCGAGCAGCUUGGAGAUCACUGUAGCACUGCUGCCACCCACCAACACUGCCAGGUAAGUGUUGGUCACACCAACGCAGGAGACAGAGACAGUUUGCCAAGAGCCCCCUCAGAGUUGGAGCCAAACCAGGAAACCAGCAGAAGCCUGCUUCAGCUUAACUGUAUCUUUUGCUGUUAAUUAAUCAUUACACAAAGACUGAAGAAAGACUUUUUUCCAUGCAUGCGGAUGCCUGAGUACAAAAGGUCUUAAGUGUACCUUGAUACCAGUGAAAGCUUUUGUGUGUGUAUGUGUGUGUGUGUGUGUGUAUUUACACACUCUCAAACACACACACACACACACACACACACACACGUAAAAUUUAAAGAAGUAAGAUUAAAGAAAAGUAUGUCAAACACAAACUUUGACUCUGGAGGGGCGUGGGGAGAUGUUACGUGGAUCUCGUGUGUUAGCUUAAUAAACUUGGCAGCUGUUGUACAGCCAGAGGGGUUCGUGUUGGGUUGUUCAACAUCGUAGGCAGGAGGUAAAAACAGAGGAGCUCCACCCACAGCUUGACCUUGGCUACUUGAACACUGUCACCUAGCGAGCUGUCGUAGCUUGCUCGCCGGAGGAAAGUGGUUUAGAAAAUGAUACACAGGAAUGCUGAUUCUGCUGCUGAGGUUGUUGAGACAGUGUGCCCAAGUGUGGUCACUGUUGUCCAGCAGCACUAGCUAGAUGCUCCAGAUUAAAGGACACCUGCAAAGCUUGGUCAGCUUGUCACUUAAUCCACUUCCUAGUGUGGAAUUCUCAGUCCCACCAUAAAACAGUAGCCUUCAGACUUUUCAGACCUGGGACCCACUUUUUUGAAAAAAGCAAAUUAACGGUGCUUAUUUUCUAUUCCACAAUAUGUUUGCUGUUCCUUUUCUGCUUUACUGUCUCCCUCUUAAAAAUAAUAAGAGAGGAUAAUGAUAUUUAUAUCCCAGAUUGGGGGGUAGGAAAUAAAGAGGACAGGACUUCAGCACUUUCAAUAGUCCUGCAAAAUGCACCUUCUAAAAUUCCCUUUUUGAUACAGCUUUGAAGGUGCAGGAACUUUGCCCUUUUCCCAAUCUCUCCAUUUUAGACCCUAAUGUAAUAAUAAUAAUAAUAAUAAUAAUAAUAAUAAUAAUAAUUUAUUAUUUAUACCCCACCCAUCUGCCUGGGUUUCCCCAGCCACUUUGGGCAGCUCCCAACAGAUAUUAAUAAAUGUAACCUACAUUAAUUUGGGAUCUUAACAACUUGAUAUGGGGUCCUGAUGUGUUUGUUGAAGACUUUUGCUCCAGAUUCUGGAUUCCCUUCUAGAAUUCAGUGUGUCUCAACUGUUUGGUCAGAACAAACCAAAUGAGUUAGUUCUUCAUGCAGUCAAUAGUUAUCAUAUUCUGUGGUGUGAGAUAUAUUUAGUGGCCACUAGCUUAUAUGGACUUAAAAAUAAAUAAAUAACCAGGUGGGUAAGUAUCUUAAUGGCCAUUGUGGCUAAAAAUGGAACCUUCAUUUAGCUCAGAAAUUCUGAGUUGUAUCCAGCAAGGUCAUCCCAGUCCUGCAAGGGCAGUCCACUUGAGCAACAAGUUUAUCCCUGUGAUCCUCGGAUGAAGGGCAGAAUAUAAAUAAAUAAACAGAACUUCCCUUCCUUGUUUUCUUGCUCCUUCUGCACUUCACAAAUCUGUUCUGGGGUUUCCCCAUCCUUUCAGAGCAAGUUUUAGGAGGGGGUGCAAGUGGAAGUCCUUAGGCGCAUGGAAAAACUUUGUUAGAUAGUCACUAUUUCUCUGAUUAAAAGGCACCACUGCAAACACUGGUAAUAGUUAUCUCAGUCAUGCACUGUUUGAGAAUCUCCCAGGGACAACUGGAUCACCAUUGUUGAAGAUAAAACAAUGAACUUUGGUGCGAUUCAACAUGUGGAUUCCUUUCUUCUUAAGUCUUGGAAGCUUUGCAACAAAUUGCAUCAUGUGCUUCAUAUCUAGGACCAAUGUUAUCUAGGACAAACUUUCACACAGUUUCUAGUACCUUCCUACUGAGGUUUUCAGAAACUAAAUGAUAAGAGUCCAAUCCAACAAGGACUCUUGGAGGAACUCAUCCCGGGAAGAGGAGGGGGACUGUGAAGACCCCCCAACACUACUGAGGAUCCUGAAGAAAAUGCUGUCACAGUCAAGCUCUCUAGUUACUAGCCCCGAAAACAAUUUGCCUGCCCCCAUGACCCCCACACAAAUGCUUGCCUCUGGCACAGACUCUGUCUUCACCUAUAGAGCACACAUGCACACAUAUACAGGGGCUGCGGUGGUGUUUGGGCCAAAAGAAAUCCAGAGCUGGCAGAUGAGUUAUUGCCUGGUGCUUCGCUAUAGGUGGGGAGCAGUCUAGUCAGGAAGGAGAGGGAGCCAGAGAAGAACCAGGUGUGCACUGAGAUCCAGCAGUUGAGCUGGAAUGGGAGGAGCUUCCUGGGCGGAUAUAAGCCUCCUAGUCUCUCCUGGACUUGUGCUGGGAUGACAGCUGCUUAUCAUGCCCCCACAAACCAGCUCCAAGCUCAGCCUCCCAUGAACCUGUUUCAGUUACGGUACCUUUGCUCCAUCUCCAUCUCUGGUUCACCUUGUUCCCAGACAUGGGGAAUGGACAACAGACACUGCGCAGGGCACAUUAGGUGCAACUCGGGAGGCUCUUGGUGGGCUCGUUAAUAAUAGGCAGGUUUCUUUCCCCUGUUCAGACAUUCACUGAGUAUGUGGAAAGAAGAGUGCAGCUCCACAUACUGGACAACCCAUAACUCAGGCCUCGGUGCCUUGACCAGGAGAGUCUGAAUGAGGAAUCAAAUGGUGUUUGGCUGAAUACACUUUGAAUUCUUCAUGCAGUCAGGGAUCCCAGUCUUAAGUCUGCGUGAAUUCAGACACAAGGAUUCAAACUGCAUUCUCAGCAAGGAUUUGAAGUGCAUUUAGCAGAAUGUGUGUCCCACUUCAGACUUUCCUGCUCAACACAUGAAGUUUGGGGUUGAACCAAUUAAGAUACUGUAGUUCCGGCUAGCGUGUGUGAUCUUCUCCCACUGUCCCUCCACACAUUCGGAAAACAGGUCUUUUGUCUGAAAGGGAAAAGAGAAGGGCAAAAAGCCUGGGCUUUAACCAAAAUAAGCUUUAACAUGUGACUGUUUGAGCUAUGUUACCAGUGGCCUAAUUGCUUUGGAAACUUGAAUUCCUCCCUGUGAGUUCAUGAUGUUAUCUUAUCACUGUAUUUUUGGGAGGCGCUUUUUUGCACGCAAGGCACUUAGAAGUCUCAUUCAUGAAAAAUACUGUGUUCCUAAAGCUUAGCUCUUCCUUUGCAACCAACCCACAGCCAGUCAGGUGACCAUUCAUGAUUUGCAAGCCUCAACCCUUCUCUGGUGAAGCUUAAUCCCUCCAACUGCAUCCCACCCCCGAGAUCAGCUUCCUGUGGCUGCAGCUAUGACCCAAUACAUCUUCCAAAUGCAAUGGGAUUUACUCCUGAGAAAGAGAGAAGUCUGAAGUGCAGAAUCACAGAGAUGAAGUUUAAACUCUUAGCAUUUCAAGCCCCUCCUUUGACGGACACACAGCCGGAGUGGAAACACGUCAAACCAUGACACCGUGUACCGACAUGGAAUUGAAACACAGCCCCACUGCAUUUUAAGCCUUUAAUGUGUACAUGGCCUUAGCAACACUCCCUAGCGAUAGCAGUAACUUCAGGAACAGGCAGACACUGGUGUGGAGGAAAGCCAGGCUCAGUGUAGUGUGUGGUGAAGCAGCACUGACAUCUCCUUCCCUGGGGUCAUGGAGACUCCAGGAAUAUAAUCACACCAGGCAUUUGUACCAUUCUCUGGCUUGGAUGUGCAGUAUGUGCAACAGCACCACUGUAAAACACGCCCUAAAGGCAAGGCUGCAUGCUACAGUAAGCUGGAGCUAUACAUUAUGAUAAACGCAAGCUGCCGCCGAAAGCAACAGACCCUUGUCACGUUCCCCUCCCCACCCACCCCUCUCAGAAUAAAGUGUAAUGAAACAUAACUGAGUUCUGAUGUCACCAUCAAAAUACAAAUCUGAAGUUGUGGUGCCCGUUCCAAGGAAGCGGUGGGUUCUUCUAAAAUAACUUGACGCUUGCUGUUUAUUUGUUUUAUUUCAGAAUUGUUAGUCCACUUAUUUGCAAGUUCUAGUCAUCACAGUACUUUUUCUUUUUAAAAAACAAACACACAUGCUGAAACAUUAAGUAGGUGCCUUCUGUCUCAAUUUUUAAACAGCUGUUGAAAACUCUUCUAUUCCAUCAGGUUUAAGCAGGCAAUUAAGAAUAACAUAUUUCCAUAAUAGUUGGCUAUUUUCUGAUUUCAACAUUUUAUAUAGUUUUAAUUGAAUGAUUUUGUGUAUAAUUGUUGUAAACUGCUCUGACACUUUUUAUGAAUAGUGGUAUGUAAAUAUUUUUAAUAAGCAAACAAAUAAAAGCACAUCAGAAUGAUUUCUGUCCCCACGCUGGCUUAAUCUCAGCCUUGAAGGGCCCCUAUUAGAAGAACUUUGAGCAGAUCAUUUUUUUAAACCUAAAGGGGUUGUAUUCCCCUUUGACCAACGCUCUUGAGAGUCAUGCGGCAGUGGUAGACAAGCAAAAGCGAGUCUCUCUCACACACACAUUUUCAUAUAUUGGGACAGGCAUUCUGUAUUGGGACCAAAAAGUUUUCCACUGACAAAUUUCUGUUAAAGCAUCCUCUUGACAAACGUUAAUGGACACUUAGGAAUCAGUUGACCUAAGGAUGUGUCUCUCCAGUGUGCUUCAUGUAUCUGAUGAAUUGUCUUGAGCCUAUGGAAGCUCAAACCAUAAUAUUAUUUGAAACGACAACAUAGCAUGAAGUUCCCCAGGUGCAAGCUCUGAUUGAAGCGAAGGGGAGAUGUACAGCUAUGUGGGUAGAAUCCAUCCCUUUGCAAAAGAGACUGGUUGCAUGGUUACUUGUAAACAUUUUAAAAACCAGAAUUCGUUUGUUUUUUAGGGGAAAACUUUAUCGUCAUUGUUGCAGGAGCAAAUUUGCUUUUGAAUUCUGAUGACUUAAAGAGGGCUGCGCACGUCAUCUCAAACGCUAAAGUCAUGGUCUGCCAACUUGAAAUAACCCCAGCUAUUUCUCUGGAAGCCCUGAAAAUGGCACACACCAGUGGAGGUAAUCUAAUAAUUAUUUGCUCCCUUUUAAAAUGUUUUUAUAUCCUUUCAAGGCAGCAGGGCUUCAGGACUAUUUUUAAAACUCAGUAGUGGAAAAGAAGGUGACGUGUGUUUGGCAGCUUGUGCCAGAUUUGAAAAGAAGAGCGAAACUAUGAUUUCAUUUGAUUGGCAUGACAAAGUUCUUCUCUUAAUUGUCAUAAGAGGCACAUACUCACUGGCUGGGUUCAUGGAGCCUUCCCCAAACUGAUGCCCUCCAUAUCUUUUGGACUGCCAUGUCCCAUCAUCCCUGAUCAUUCUCCAUGGGAAUUUUAGCCCGAAAACAUUUGGAGCACAUAAGUUGGGAAGGCGAUGUCAAACCAUGGUUUAGUGUUCUGUGCACGAGCAGCAAGAAGCCAUUGCAAGCCUUGGAUUUUUAUGCUCCUGCCUUUCUUCCUCCUCCAUUACUGGAAGGGGGACUACAUAGCUUCACUUUCUGCAAAACACUGCUUGUCAUUAUGUACGGCCCAAGGGACUGGGGUUUAAAACAAACUGGUUAGUUAAACAAGCCAGCUUCGAAACCCAUAGUUUGAAGUUGGCUUGCUUAGAAAUUGGACAGAGUUUGUUUUAAAACCACAGUCUUUGCUUCAUCCAUAACAAUAAGCCACGUUUUGUGGAAAGUGAGGCUAAAUUCUUCUGCAUGACCCUUUACUGCAGCAGUCACACCUCUGAAUGUUGCUUUCGCCUACAGUCACCCUUCUUGUUCUCCUUACUUGCUACCCCAGAAAUUAGUAAAACUUCAGUCCUACAGCCACUUGCCUCAGAGGAUGCUUCAUUGAAUUCAAUUUGAAUUACACUGAGCAAACAUGCAUAAGUUUGUGUAAUCUUUUGCUUAGAAAACCCAUUUGUUUCAACAGUGCACACCUGCGCUAGGCUAGAGUGACAACCUUGUGCAUCUUAUGAAGUGACCAUAAUAAAUUUGUUGUGCCAUAAUAAAUUUAUUAGUGUUGAAGGAGCUCUUUUUGUAGCAGCAAGGGCAAAUUAUUAAGUGUUUCAUUACAUCACACGUGUUAAACCAAAAAUAAAUAAAAAAUUAUUAGGUGAAUGUGAGCAAGAAAGGCAUUAGCAAGUUAAGGCAAGAGACUGUGUAAUUGGAAGAUCAGAACCAUCCUAACCAUUCCAUCUUUCGUCACAGUGUGCUCCGUACUCCAGUAAAUCUAUGGCCACCUCUGCCCUAGAUGACAGGACAAACAUGUCAAACUGCCUUGUAUAACCACAUCCCCAUAAACACUUUGCUAACACUGCGCAGUAUUAAACACCCUCCCAGCUGGAGUGUGUUAGUGGCAUUUCCUUUCCUUUAGUCUGCAGAUGCUGCAUGUUUAAUGCAGGGGUUUAUGUUAGGAAGCACACUAGACUAUUUGUGUUUAACAGAUGCACACCGAGAUGCCAUGCACAAAAGAAAGGGGGAAGUGAGGAAACGGAAGCUUGUGGUUGUAAGCCCUCUUGUCCCCAUUCACUUACCCCCGUUUUACAAGGCUGCGAACCGACAGUGUUACACUUGCCGAUGUCUCACUGUCCUCCUAGUAGUCAUUAAAGGUCCCUGUGGCAGCUUUUGUCUAAGCGCUGGCCUCUGUUUUGACUGGCACAGUGCCCGGACAGGUCAUUAAAUCCUGCAUGCCAAAGCGAUUGUAGCACUCUUGACUCGAAUGUUAUUCUUCUUGUUCGCUUGAGUAGUUAAAUGGAAGAGCUGAAGUCACCCAUUUAUGGACCCUGCUUUCUCAGAAGUGCCUAAACAAAAACAUUGAUUCACCCACCAUUCUGCUUUAAAAAAUAAAAUAAAAUUAUUGCUAUACUGCCUUAUAACCACAAGUCUCAGGGCGAUUCGCAAGAUAAAAUCACAAUAUAAAAUACAUAAUAAAAAUAAGAACAAGAACAACUCAAUUAACCACCACCCCAACACAUUCUUAUUGGGUGUCAAUAAACCAAAGGUUGAAGAGGAAUGUUUUUGCCUGGCACCUAAAGGUAUAUAAUGAAGGAAUUUUCAAGCCCCUAGGGCACGGGUGGGCUACCUAUGGCCCUGGUUUCACCUUCAGUCUAAUUUCAAAAGCCUUCUGCAAGCCGACAUUUCAGAUCUCAGGCAAGAGCGAUCUGUGCCCCCUCCAGGUAGCCCACUGGGUGAUGCAAGGGGGAGAGACAAGUGGGUGGCAGAAAGGGAGAGAGAGAGAUAAAAGUGGAUGGUUCUGGCCCUGCCCACCACCAGGAUGUAGCUCCCUGAAGCAGUGUGGCCACCAAUGGGGGGGAUGACCCCAUGUCCUACCUGCUAAGGCUGUCCCUCCCUCGCCAGGGGUGGACUUUGCUUCAAAGAAAACCAGCUUGCAGGCAAGCCACCACAAGCUGACAGGGAUGGGCCUUGACUCUCCUGACGUGGCCUGCAGACCUCAGAUUGCCAUCCCUCUGACUAAGCCAGCAGUCCUGACAGUAGAGGCUUGCAUCAUUGCAACAGGAGACAGUAGGUGGCAAGCUGCUUUGCUUGCCUUCUCCACCCUACCGUGUCUUGAUGGGGCUAGAGAGCAUUGUGCCAAACUACCAUCACACAGUCAGCAGAAUAUAGGGAGUUGGUUGCCCUGUCGCAUUAGAUUGCUGGUAGUCGCUUGAGCAGCCUUUUCUAUUACUGUACGGAUUAUCCUCCUGUGCAUUUUGCAACCUGUCUUGGACAUAUUCCAGCUCCUUUCCUUUAAUUUGCUUAUACUCUAACGGGAUAGAAAGUGCCUCCCUAUCUUCACAGCUCCUUUCUCAUACUACAAAAGUGUGCUCUCAACCAUUUUGGGGGAUGGAGUGAUGAAAAACCUUACUUCAUUUCCAGUGCUUACAUUUUAGUUUCUGCAUAGUUUAGGCAAAUCUCCCCCCUCCAUUUCCCCUUUCUUAAAUAACCAUUUUGCUGGGUGCUGCUAGCAUGAUCUGGGGUCGGUUCCCCUCACUGUGUCUCUGUGGGGGGGGGGUUUCUACCUUACAAGAUAGCACCCUUCCAAAGGCAUUGCUAGGAAAGAGGAGUGGCUGCCCCAUUGAACAACUACCCCCCUGCCCCCCAACAAUGCCGCUGGAAGGUUGUUACAAGGCAUCCUCUCACAGAGGCACACUGAGGAGAAAUAGCCUCUGACUGCACUAGGACUGCCACCCUUGCUUGUCACAUUGGCAGAAAGUUUAUGGAAAGGAGGAGGAUAUGGCUAUGGUGUCUUGAAAUCAAAUUGCAAGUCCCUCUCCCUUGCCCCUCAAAAAAAUUAAAAUCUAUUUUUUUCCAGCUCAACAAAGCUUGAAGCACAUCUUUUCCGCUUGCCGGCACUUGAUCAUCAGAAAACAUGAGAAUUUGAGCCCAUCUUUAGCUUAUACACAGUGCACUAGGGAGUGCUGUAGGAGCACUGUGUGCUUCUGUUUCCCAUAUUUACUUUUACAGAGGCUCAGACAAUCAACUCAAAGGCAUUAAGUUUGACCACGGUUUUGAGGAAGGGUCUAGGUGCAACAGCUAGCUGAGCGGGUAGCCUUGGUUGGGCCAAGCUUCAGAGAUUCUGUGGGAUGAGGCAGGCUGCUUAUUUACUGAGGCACAUGCUGGCAAUGAGCUGCCAUUUCUGCUGUAUGAACUUCAUUUCCUUCCAUGUUCCGCAUUGGAAGUAUUCCUGCUGCAAUAGGUAAACGUUAGGAUAACCAGAAUCAUGUUCAGUGAAUUACAUUUCUAAUAUGGAAGAGGGUUUGUUUAAUAUGGAAGGCUGACAGGGCACAGGAUGUUAAAGACAAGCUGGAUUCUGUAUUUGGUACUUCCAUUAGCUGAGUGAGUUUCCAUGCACCUUUGAUUUUCAAAUUAAAAGCAGCAAACAGCCUUGUGAUUCUUAGAUGGAAUAUCUUAUAAAAAUAUUAAACAAAUUAGCAGUAACUCAACUUUCUGUUUUCUGAAUUCAGCAGAGCUUUCAUUCUGCUAAUUAAUUCUUCUUUUCUCACUUUGAUGACAGUGGCAUGAUAAUCAGGGCUUUAAUAUUCUAACAAAAUUGGUUAACGAAACCAUUAUUAUUUAUUGUGAAUCGGAGUUGCUUUUUUGUUUUGCAACAUGAGAAAGUAGGAUAUUUUCCUGAAGAUUUGUAGGUCUGCAAGUAAUUUAUAUAUCUUGGUGGGGAAUGUGGAGCUGAAAGUGCCUUCGCCAUAACAACACAGAGUUUUUGCUGGAUUCUGCCCAAUUAUUCAUAUUCAAGCAUCAUGUGCCAUUGAUUUAGACAUUUUCCAUUUUCUUAUAGUGAAGACUUUAUUUAAUCCUGCUCCAGCCGUCGCUGACCUAGAUCCACGAUUUUAUACCUAUUCUGACAUCAUCUGCUGCAAUGAAACUGAGGUAAAUACGUGUCAUCACCAUGAUUUUGGUCGCUCUGGACCAAUGCAACUUUUAAAAUCUGUUUUCUGCAUCAUCUUUUCUGCAUUUAAAUGCAAGUAAUUGGUUCAAAUUCUGAAAAUGCUGUGUUGUACAAUGCUGGCUUUACUUGGAAUGGGCUGAAUAGCACCUGAAACAGAACUGAUAAUCUCUCCCCCCCACAAAAGGUCUCCAUCUCACUGGUUGCAGUGGCAUACCAAAGAGGAAAUAAACAUACAGUUCAUACUUCAACCCAGAAAGCUUUGACCGAUGGCUGGGUUUGUAAUGUGUAAUCAUUGUUCAAAAUUACAAGAAUAAAAUAAAAUAAGAGGAUUAAGCGAUAUUCUCGGGGUGGUGGAGGGUGUGAGUGCUGUGUCCCCUUGGUGUGGUGAUGGUGGCACUCGCCCUUCUUCUGAUAGAAAAUGCUCUGUUGGAGGGUGGCAAAAAUGGGGGGUCGAGGAGGAUCAGUUGGGAGGGAAGGAGAAAUGUCCCUAUUUUCAUCUGAGUAGUGUUGGAGGGUCUAGGAUAGCACACUGUAUAAACCUGGGUGAUUCCAUCAGACUGCAAGAAAGAAAGAGAAGGAAAGUAGGGCUAUUCUGUCGUCUUCUCCUCCAUGUGUCACCUUGCAGUGCCCAGUGCUAGCAAACUACCUGAAUUUUUUCCAUGCCAGCAAGCCAGCCACCAUUAUAAGAACUGUAACUAUAAGAACUGGUACUUCCCACUUCUCCUCUUUUCCCUUUUCUACUGUGUCUUUUCUUCUCCCAACCCAUCCUUUCCCCCCUUUUGUGUUGUGUCCUUUAGAUUGUAAGGCUGAGGGCAGGGACUGCCUUUUUAAAAAGUUGCUCUGCAACUUGAUUUGGGAGCCUUUUUCAUCGAAGAGCAGGGUAAACAUGCUUUGAAUAUAGGCUCGUAAACAAUAAACUAUAGAUCCAGUGCACUGCCUUGCUGAACUUACUCAGCUAUAUCCAACUCCACUCUUGACAUUUCCAGUCUAGUUUUUGUCGUCUUGUAUCAUGUCUGGAAGUCCACACAGUCAGCCUGUGGCAGAGAUGGGGCAUGCUUGCAGGUCUGCCUGAUUGAAGCUCACCUCUGUGUCCAUAUAGUUCUCAUGCAUCCACAUGGUCCCAAAGAUGAAAAGAACGGUGCCAUCUCUCACACCAGGUUUUCUCCCAUUGAGGGCCAGCAUGUUGAGAGGUGAAAGAUCCCACAUAGCAGGGUUUAUAGAUAAUUUAGUAAAAUUAUUACCUGCAUUGGAACAGAUGAAGCUUGACCAUACAGAACACAGCAGUAUAGGGGGUGUGUGUAGGGGGCAGAAAAAAGAAUUCAGAGCUCAUCACAAUUAACACCCGUUCAACUUUUUGUGCUGACUAGCCACCUACUUCAAAGGGAAGUGGAAAUUUAUGCCCCAUUGUCAACAUGAGCUGUGAAGUUUCUGCCAGGUUCCUUAAUAAUUCAUACUGUGUGCUUGUAAUCGUCCAUUUAUGAUUGGCUGAUAACAGUUAUAGGAUCAGACAGGAAGUUUCUGUUAUUUAUCUUCUCGGCAGCAGAGGCAUAAAACUAGUCUGUGACUUAGCAAAGCCUUGGAAGUACCCCAAGUUGCUGCAAACCCUGCCACAUGGGCUGCAUCCUCCAAAUAAUCUGUUGGAUGGAAGCACAUCCACCAAACACUUGUGGAUGCUUUGACAACCACAAAUACUUGGUAUUGUGAAACAUUUUGUUCAUUCCGAAUUGUUGUGCUAGAAUGGAGCAAAAAAACAAGGGUAUAAUAUCAGUGGGCUAUCUACCACAAAGGAUAUUUCACAAGCUGUGGUUUCAGAUACAUAUUUUUCAUUGCUUUAAUAAACUUUUAUUUGUGCAGCUUCUACUUCUUUGUAUGUGGUUCGUGUGCAAAAUACUGAGAAUGCAUCUUGCAAGAUUAUCAGUUCCUGAUUUUUUGCUUAGCUGGUAGUUUGGUCCCCCCCCCCCCCGACUUUUCCCAGAAAGAUCAAGCCUGUUGAAACUGGCUUGUUAAUUCACUGUGCACCAGAUGCAGCAGAGCCUAAUCCCUGAGGUUUGCCCAGGAAUGUGCUGGUUCUCUGUUCUUUCUAAUUCUUCUAAUAAAAGAAUUGCAGAAUAAGUAUAUCAAAUGUUGGUCCUGUGGAAGCCAAAACCCUAAGGUUGUGUGCCACUAAGUGAUUUCAGACUUGAAGGGAAAUCGUUGUAGGUGUUGCAUUUAUAAUGUCCUUGGCACUUUAGAGAGUUAUUCCAGGGGGAAAAACCAAUCUCAGAUGUGCAGGGCCAGCCAUGUGUAUGUUACUGAAUGCAUCUGUUGCAUUCACAUAUAAGGGGUAUGUGUGUGAUAUUAUUUACACAAAAAACAUGCAGAGGAGGGAAGCCCAAACCUGCCCCCUUCCCAUCUCGCCUCUGUUCAGGGGUGCCAACUUGAAUAAAAUAUGGGAGGGGGGAGGUAAGCCCCGCCCUGCAUAAUCGAUCACACAAACCAUUUGAAUGACAAUGCCUAUCAACUUGGGGGGGCAGCCCCCUCAAAUAUUUUAUUGGGAGGACCGAAGCCCCCUCGGCUCCUAGGAUUUGGCUCCUAUGUUUUUGUUGCUUUAAGCUCAGGGAUAGGAAAUAUUUUUGCCUGAAGACCAUGUUCCUUUCAGGGAAGCCACCCCAGGGCCAUUUUACAGUGGUGGGUGGAGCCAGAGACAAAGGUGGUCAGAGCAACAAAUGUAAACUCAAUCUUUGUAUAGUAGUGUAGUCUCUACACCACCACCACCCGUAACAUGGACCUAAUGGCAAGUGAAAAAUCCCAACAAUGGAUGGGACUUUGCUGAGCAAAACUGGCUGAAGCUGGGUGGCACAAUGCUUUUUGCAUUUUCCACGUUAUGGAAAAUGCAUUGCUAUUUUUGCAUUUUCCGUAGUAGACUUGGAACAUGCCCGGUCAUGUUUCAAAAGGUGUGACAGUUUGGAGUGGGUACAAUGAAAUAAGGAGUCACACCUUAGAAAUUCAUUUCUGCAGAAUGUGACCUUGCAUAUCUUUACGCUGUUGAAUUCUGCAUUUCUGCAUUUUCUGCUUAAGCACUUGGUUCUGCAGCAGCAGCAUUACCUGUAGAUACGGGGGGGGGGGGGCUAACAGAUGUUGCCAACUCCAUCUCCCAUCAGCCUCAGCCAGCAUGGCUAAUGGUCAGGGAUGAUGGAACCUGUAGCCCAACAACAUCUGGGGGUACUACAUUGACUGUAUAUUGACUUGUAGAUUAACAAUAUAAGUAAUUUGGUCAUUUCCUCAUCUCUCUGUGAGUGUUUUAUGCCUUUUUGCAAGAUGUGGUGGUAGGAGCCAGGGGGAAGAAUCUCAUUCCCUUGGUCUUAUGUAGAAAGCUCUUUAAAAAUAUCCUCCUUGGCCUCCUGCUAUUGUGUCUUCGUUUUCUUUUUUAGAGCAGCCAUUAGUUAUUUCCUCCAAUUGUAUUGUUUUUUAUAAAAAAAAGUGAUUUUAUUGGAGGGAGGAACUUUCCAACACAGCCCAGCAGUUUUAUAUUUAAUUUCACAAUUGACACUUUGUGGUACAUUUUAACUUUUGGCACGUAGCAUCUGUCUUGUGUCUGUUACCUUUGCGGGAAAUCGACUCCUUGCCUGCCUUGCGGUGUCCUCAUUUCCCCCCUCUCCCUCUUUAUCUCAGCUGCAUCACAAUUGUUGCAAAUACAGCUGGAGGCAACUCUUUGCAGAUGGCAGACGCAGCAGAAACUCCUAGAGGCAUCUGUAUUUGCCUAAUCGGUCCGCAACCACCUUUGUAUACUGUGCAGCACAGAAGGAGGGCCAGACAAUAACAGUCAAGGACUGUGGGCGCUCUCUGGGAUUAAAGCAAUAGCACAGUGUUCUCUUCUAAACUAGGUACUAUCACAAUCCAUGCAAUCAACAGGGUGUGGUGCAGAUGUAUUUGCAUCUUGCAACCUGCCCUUCCUUCAAGGACCUCAUUGUGGUAUUGCCUCAUUGUGGCAUUGUAGCAUGCGCCCCACUUUGGGGGAUGGUGAGAAGGGCUAGGGCCAAUGCUACAGGGUUUCAUCUCUAGACCAGAAUGAAACGGUGGAAAUUAUUAAGGAAGCAGACUUUGGCAAGGCACUAGGAGAAACUUGCUAACAGUAGACGGCAUUUGAUGGUGGAAAAGACUGAGCAGUGGACUCUCCUUAGGAGACAGAAUCAUAGAGUCUUAGAGUUUGAAGGGACCCCAAGGGUCAUCUAGUCCAACCCCCUGCAAUGCAGGAAUCUCAGCUAAAGCAUCCAUGACAGGUGGCCAUCCAACCUCUGCUUAAAGCAACUUGGACACUUCUCAGGAGUGUGACCCCAGGUUCAGCUCCCUCUUUCUCUGUGUGUGUAAUAAUGACAAUAAUAAUAAUAAUUUAUUAUUUCUACCCCGCCCAUCUGGCUGGGUUUCCCCAGCCACUCUGGGCGGCUUUCAACAGAACCGUAAAAACAGAAUAAAACUUCAAAUAUUAAAAACUUUCCUAAACAGGGCUGCCUUCAUAUGUCUUCUAAAAGUCAGAUAGUUGUUUAUUUCCUUGACAUCUGAUGGGAGGGCGUUCCACAGGGUGGGCGCCACUACCGAGAAGGUCCUCUGUCUGGUUAUAUAUUCCAAAACUUCUCUCUCUCUCUCUCUCUCUCUCUCUCACACACACACACACACACACACACACACUGGAUUGGCUUAUAAAUGAACCAAGCCUUCCCUUCCCCCUUCCCCCUUCCCCUCUCCCCCCCCCAAAGGGAAAGCAUGGUUAUUUCCCAAGCCAAUCCAAACUCCUUCAUUUCCCCCUAGGAAAGCCCUUCCAAACAACCUCCUGCGCAAAGCAACACAGACCUCCCCCCCCCCAUUGCUUUACAUAGGGUCUACUCCCAAGGAAAAUGGGGAAGGAACAAGAGGGAAGCCCCACAGUAGUUUUCUUAGAGGUGGUUCUUCAAAGCAGCUCCUUGGGUAAAGCAAUGGAAAAUCAUUUACCUCCCUUGAACAAGGGAAGUUCAUGGUGGAAUCCCCGUUACGGGCACAGCACGCAGUUGGCCACUUCACACAUUUUACUAGGGUGGGUUUUUUAUGUGCACCUAAAAACGUUGCUUGUUUAAUGUAUUUUUUUAAAAAAAAUGUGCUUUUGAGCAUGUGUCUCAUGCACAAAUCAGGAAACUGGGUUUGGCUGAACGCCAGAGCCCUGAAUUAAUUAUUUGUAGAGGUUAUUACAAUAGAUAUUAUGUUAUUCUUCAGCCCACUACUCUGAGUCUGGUACAUCAGUACGAUACCUCAUUUGUGGAAAUAAUAAAUUAAGGGCUGAGUGGUUAAUCUGUGCUUUCAAAGGGAUUUAUUGCACCUCCCACUAUAUUUCCUGGUACACACCAUUGUCUCUCAAUGCAUUUAAUAGUAGCAAAUAUUACAUAUCUGUUUCACAUAGCUAGUAGUCUUAAAAUAAAUUGAUGUUUUUGCUUAAUCCCCGCCCACCCCAAGCUGAUGUGGGUUUUGUGUUGUUUCAACCUUUUCCCCUAGGCAGAACUUUUAACGGGAAUCCCAGUUGGCAAUGUUGAAGAUGCUGGGUGUGUGGGACGGAUCCUGCUCGAGAGAGGCUGUAAAACAGCCAUUGUAACUUUGGGUCCUGAGGGCUGUGUGUUGGUCUGCGCAAAGGAACCCACCCCGAAACAUAUACCCACCAAGAAGGUCACCGCUGUGGACACCACGGUAUGUACUUGCGAUACAAAAGCCUUGCUUUGGGGGGAGGCUGCAUACACAUUACCAGCUUAAAACGUGGCUAUGUCAUUUUUUUCUUCAAUUCUGAUAGAAUCUGGUUGCAGGGGGCACACACCUCAAAACACAGUAUUUCAUAAGAAAUCACAGUAAAGGUGUGGAUUGUGGCUAAUGUCGUGUGCACGCCAGUUCCCAAACCAGCAUUGGGAUGCAGUGCUGGAUGCAGAGUAAACCGGAGUGUGUACACAACUAAUUAUUAUUUGAACACUAAAAACUCAGAGUAAUCAGCCACAUCUUUGGGCAAGGCAUAAUGCAUGCCAGCAAACUAUCCCAUUCCAUCCCAUUGCACAGUGCAUGUCAGUUCACCCAAGGUUUAUAGGCUGGCGUUCCAUAGACAGGACAGACCAGCAUGUACUGAUGAAAUCAUUGUAUUCCUCCUUCACCCUCCUGUCUAUUCCGUAUUGCGGCAAACAGUGUGCGCGGUGACUCUGUUGCUACUUGUGGAAGAUGGCGACAUAAUCCCUCAGCGCCAUCACCUCGAAACACCCCUGCUCUUUCUGUGGUGGGAGAAAGGAGACGCCCAGCCAUUCUCUCCUCAGACUCCCCAAAAUUGAAUGACUGGCUCUGUCCACACAUGCCUGAGCUGUUUGUGCUGGCAAAAGCCUUUUGCUUUGUAGAGCUUAAGUAAUAUCAGGUGCUCAGAUUCCACAGGGCAUAGUUAAAAGGCAGAAGCGGCAUGCCGUGCCAAAUUAAUUUUGUCGCGAUUUGUAAGGUCAAUGACCUGCAUCUUUCAUAAAGCCUGAGGUUGGGGUCCCCCCCCCUUCAUUCCUUUCCUGUUUAUGAUCAAGCACUGACUGAACACUCCUUCAGUGGAAUGUUAGGAUUAUUAGCUCAGCAGCAGCAGCAGCAACAACAGCCAUCAAGAAAGGCAAUAGUUAAGGUUCCGAUAGCAAUAUUAUCUCACCCCCAUUUUUACAAGAGCUGGGACAUUUUGUACUCGCAGUUCUGUCUGAUGCAAAUCCAGAGUAGUUUUGGUGAGAGCACUGUAUGUACUAGCUAUACAUUUUAACUGCCUGAUGUCAUGAAAUGUAACAUGUGUUCUCCUGCUGCAACCGUGACAUUUCCCCCCCUUUUGUUAAAAGGCAAAACAUAGUUCUGCUAUGUACCUAAAACCAGAAUAGCCAGUUCAAUUCAGGAGAAGGCAAAGGAAACGGAUCUGUGCUCGUGCUGACUGCCUGUGAGCAGUGCCGUGGUGGCUGCCUCAAGACCCUCUUUGCAUCUCUCCCCCCCACCCCCAAAAAAUAGCAGACCAGAAUUCUGAAUACAAGCAGUCGCGAUCCAAAGGAGCAGGCAAGCAUAUUGAUCUUGAAUGUUCCCGAGGUUUCCUGCCCCCUCCCAAGCCAUAAAUAGCAGGCCGGGAGUCUGUGCAGAAAUGGACCAUGAUCCAAACAGCCGUAUUUCCAUGCUUCGUGUGUGCAGCCUAAUUCUUCCUCCUCCAGAGCAACUGCUGCCAUAAGCUUCUGGAGUUUCCCCACUGAGUUUGUCACUGGCACUGUAAUCAGGGUGGAUAAAAAUCAAUGAUUUUUAAAAAAUGAAUUUUUUAAAAUUAAAAUUGGAUUUUUUUAUUUAAAUCGGAUUUUGUUUAUUUAAAUCGGAUUUUUAAAAUAAAAUGCCUUUGGAGGAAAAGUCUUUCCAAAUAUAGUUUUCUAUUUAAGUUACAUUAUAGUCCAAAGGCUAUUCAUCAGGAAAUAAGGAUUUGUUUUAAGUUUUUCAUAUGUGCUAAAACUCAGUCUAAGUUUUUUAAAACAACAACAACAACAACACCGUUUAACCACAUCAGUUAACAAACAUGGAUACAUAUGCUAUAAUGUUACUGUUUUAGUUAAAUAAAUUGUUUAAAUUGUUAUUAAGGAAAUGAUUAAAGUACAGCAGAAAAGUUGUCCAAAUAUAAACAGUUAGCUUAUUAAACCCCACAAUAAUUUCGUAAUUAUCUGUCUAUGUAUUUCUAAUAGUAUAACCAAAUCAGUAAUUUUUGAUAUAACUGUAAAAACUACUCUGAACGUUUAUUAUUCCAAAAAUGAAACCUUCCUUUGGUUGUAAAUAUUAAGAUUAUACCAGUAAGAAUGAGUCUUUCUGUAAAAAAAAAUAUUUAAAUCAAGUCUUACUGACUAGUGAUUUAAAUCAAAUCCACCCUGACUGUAAUGGUACAAGCGAAAGUGUGAACAAGCCCCAAGUGAGUGAGUGACCCACUGUCAUGGCUGAGUGAGGAUUCAAACUCUGGUCUCCUGCAUCCUAAUUCAACACACUAACCACUGCACGGCAAUGACUCUCCAUCACUCUGUCGCAGAGAACAUCCACCUCCUCUCACCGAUCCACUGGGUACAGGCAGGAUGAUGCCAACCUUGGACCUGGGCUACUGCUACUUUAGUGCUCAGACAAAAACCCUUUUGUCACUGUUUGCCGGGAAGGACCUUAGUCUUUUCACAGUAGAUGAGAAUAACAAAGAAACAUUUGUCAACUUCCUUACUCAGAGGAGCACAGGCUUAUUGGCAGAACUGCUGCCUGUUGAAAUUUCGUGGUAUUUGCUAAGCUCAGGCAAGUGCUCAGUUUCCAAGAAGAUAGGCUGAAAAGCCUAAUCUCUGCACUUGCUUUUUCUUCACACUUCCCAGGCCAAUCCUGGCACUUAAUAUCAGCUUCUGAGACUGAGCUGUGGUCCAGACUGAGUUCAGUUGUUGGUUUAAUAUAAAAGUGCUGAUGUUUGAUUUUGUGAAUGAAAGCUUCUAUUAUUUCGCUGAGCAAUACAUCGGUUUAUGACUUGGCUGUUUUCAAGUCAGCUUCCCUUUGUUCUUAUAAAGUGAUAUUUCAUUUAAACACCCCAGUCCAUGCAGAAUUGUCUCUUCGUGGUUAGGUGAAGGGUUUUCUCAGACAGGUUUUUACUGAUUAGACAACAGUGAAAUGCUUUAGUGAAGCAAUUGUACGUACUUAAUAAUUGUUGAUUACUGGUGCAUUAUUGGCACCUCAAGGUUUGGCUAACAAGGUUGUAUUUGUCACAUAAUUUAUUGCUCCUUACAGUGAAAACCAUUAAAAUAGUUUCACAAAUAUUAUUAUUAUGAUGCCAAUUUUUAAAUUUGAUUUUCAAUAUAAACCCAAUUACACAAAUUAGUUCCAAAUUAAAGCAAUUUUGUCAAGAGGCUUUGCGUGCACCGUUCUUGAUGGGUCUUUAUAAUCUAAUAUUACUAUGUUUCAUAUUCUUAUUUACUUCUAUUAUAUUCCCUUUUCAAAAUCUUCACAUAAUUAACAGCUGCACUCUUAACGAUUUCUAUUUGUGUUAUUAUAUUAUUUAACUUCCCUCCAAAAAAGGCUUCAACCGAGGAACCAUAGCUUUUUCCUUUUCAUCCUGCGUGUGCCACAUCCAAAAGUCGGUUGUUAGUCUCUUGGCCUUAUGUGUCUCUCUGAUGUUUUCCUUUAUCCUGUAGCAUUUGGGGCUAUCUCCUUAUUCCCACUGUUGUAUUAUUCCAGCUUGGUUGGGGUGGAGCUGCAACUUCAAGGUUAAGCCCUCUUCCUUCUCCUGCUCAGCUCUUUCCCAUAAUACUCAAGCAGUUCCAAAUCGACAACAGCAGAUCCCUCCCUCCCACUGGCACCAAAUCGACAAGUUCCAGAGAUUUGCCAUUUCUUCUUCCAGAAGGGAAGACAGCGCCAUUCCUCUUCCAGCACCCAAAAACCCCUCACACCACUUUCCUUUUGCCACUACCAUAGCAUUUUGCUUUAAAGAAGGGAAAAAAGGUUAUAUCUCAACAUCUCCACGAUCUCUUUUUUAGGGGUGGGGGGCGUAGGCUCUAAUUCCCAGCAACACCCUUCCAAACGAAACAACCAGACUCUCUCUCCCUUGACUCCUUUCAAGCCGCAAGCAGCUUUACAUCAUAUUUUAAAUCCCAGUUUUACAACGUACAUCAAACCAUCCUUGCUUGUAUAUCUUAAAAUUCAAUAUUAGGGGAGGGUUGCCAAAUCAUAAAUGUAAAAAUUCCCAUAAAACGUAGCAGAGAGCCCCCCUCUCUUCCAUCCACCUCCAACUCAAGAUAGAAUCUUCUCCCAAUUUCAAACCUCAGUUCCAUGCAGCUGAUUGUUCGCAGUUAUAAUGUCCAUCUCCUCCGGUGUGUGCCUAAUGCCAAUUAAAAUCCAAUUAUAAGGAGAGCCUCCACGUCCAAUGGUGAUUUGGGGGGGGGGGUUCACAUCAGGUGAAGUGUGUAGCACCCAGUGCCUCCACCCGUCCCCACUCUGAUCCGUGUGGGGGCGAGCCAUUGAGGCGACCGUGGGUCGCCAGUACCUCCCGUACCCGAGAGGUUUAUAGGGGAUAGUUUAAUCCCUUCUAUUCCCUUUUUUCAGCCUGUGCCUCUCACCGAUGUUGAGAGAGCCAUCGCCAUGGUGCGGAACAGGAACUGGAAGCCAGUUUCACAAAUAUUAUAAACCAGAUUCCCCAGAGAAACAUUGUGUUGGUAUCUUUUGGGCUUCAAAAAGCUUUCAAAAUCAGGUCUUGCCUUAUCAUGGUGUAUAUGAAUAAUACAACUUAUAAUAAUAAUAAUAAUAAUAAUAAUAGACAUAAAUAAUAAAAUUAUUGUUAUUGUUGUUAUUAUUAUUACAGUGGUACCUCGGGUUAAGAACUUAAUUCAGAAUGAAGGUCCGUUCUUAACCUGAAACUGUUCUUAACCUGAGGUUCCACUUUAGCUAAUGGGGCCUCCCACUUAUGCCGCCACCACGCGGUUUCUGUUCUCAUCCUGAAGCAAAGUUCUUAACCCGAGGUACUAUUUCUGGGUUAGCGGAGUAUGUAACCUGAAGCGUCUGUAACCCGAGGUACCACUGUAUUAUAUUUCUUCAGCACAUGUAAGAAGAGCCUGCCUGGACUAAGGGCCCAUCUAGUACAGAAUAUUGGGUUAGAUCCACACUGGCCCACCUGCCAAUGGAUGGGAUACUAGAGGAAGGAUGUCGGGUGCCAUACAUGUAAAAGCUUGCACCCAUUCAUCAGCAAUCCUGUGCACACUAACUAGGGAGUAAGUCCUACUGAAAUCAAAGAGACUUCCGAAUAAACACGCAUAUGAUUAGUAGUCAUAAUUUUAGUAGUCACAAUUUAAAUCACAGAUAAGAAAAUUCCACUGGGAAUUGAUGUGUUCAAAACUUGCCAUCCAUUUCCUUCCACCAACUCAUACACUGUUUUUUCUCUUAUUUUAAACAGCAAAAACACAGGGGUGUAUUUAAGUAAGCUGAGGAGAUAAUGGUCUUCUUAAGAUAAAACCACCCCCUUUUCACCUGUUUUGUUACACCAGAAUGUUGCAACAAGCAGAAAUGUCUCCUGUCUAAUUGCCUUCCGUCUGAAGUUUUGUGGUUGUCUGUAAUAGGUCAUGUUGCCAGAAUCCUGAAAUGUCACUCACACAAUAUGUGUGAAACUUCCCUCUGCCACCUUUCAUUUUGUAACAAGAUGCAAGGGGAGCUCUUCGUUACAGUAAGAUUGAUAUACUGUACAUUUCACCAUAUUAACAGCCGACUGUAGUGGUGGUUUCUCAGGGACAGGGAUAUGGGCCUCCCAUUAGUUUGAGUAGGGUAUGGGGAAACUUUGGCCCUCCUUGCUUGCUGUGCUGAUGUGAGUGGUAGUUCAACAACAUCUGGAGGACCAGAGGUUCUCCACACCUGAGUGAGUGUGAUGGCCCCUGGUGGGAGAUAUUGGGGGUCAGGAGAUGCUGGAGGGCAAAGGUUCAUGUGCCACCUGUCCUGCGUCCCAUGACCUAGCCUGGUGUCCUCAGAUAAAGUGGAGAAUGUUGUCCCAUCAGCUUCAGUUCACAAGUCUUAGUGGCGUCUAUAUGCAGAUAGCAGGACGGGGGGUGGGGGGUAUUUUGUCUGCCUCAGGCAGCAGAAUAUAUUGUGCCAGGUGUAGGUUUCUCGCAUUCUCCAUAAAGUGCUUUUAUGGGAAGGUGGUCAGUUGCAAAAAUAGUGUUUUCUGUUGUGGCGUCUGGAAAAAGCAAGUAUCUUCCAGGCCGAGGUGGGGGACUCAUAAUGAACCCCUUCAGACUUCUCUUUAUUGUUAUUAUGCAUUCAUGUGUAUUUGUGCUUGUGGUGUUAUUGGGGCAGUUAUACGUAAUCCUGCUUUUGAUAUUGUUUACACCCGCUGAAGUUUUGGAGCAGACAUACCGCUUCAUUUUCUGUGGGUGCAUGAUUCACAGCUCCCCACCGAAAUCCUUUAAAUACCCAUACCACAAAUGUUCUGCAAGGUGGUGGGGCAGGUUGUUUGGUUGUCCCUCUUUUGAUGCACUACGGUUCAAGGGCGCCCCUCCAGAUAAUGGGGUGAUAUUGGAGAUCCAUUGCAGAACAGCUGGUAAAGCAGAAUGGUGUGUGGGCAGCGUAGAAUAAAUCCGCCACUAAUAGCAUUACAUUAAUGACCUUGAAGCAAAUAUGCCUGCAAAAAACCCCACCAGUCUGGAGGGGCCCAGCAAGGCCUCCACACACCUCCAUUCACUGCCGCCACUGGUACGGUGCAUUCAAACAUGGAAAUACCGUGUUAGUUUUCCUCCUAGCAUUUCUGUCCCGUUUUCACAUUGCAGUACCUGUUGUGUUAUGGAAUUGUGGCUUUUUGGCUGAUAUACCAGCAUAUUGCUCUAAAUUUCAUUCAUACCAGUGGGCGUGGUGGUGAGACACAACAAUGAAUGUCAUCCAUUGGACAUUAUCACUAUUCCCCCACCCUUUCCACAUGUGUGUGCUUCUGUUCCCCCAUGAAAAGAGCAGGAAAGAAUGCUAGGGUACCGCCCCAAAUUCUGUCACUUUACUCCUGUAAUUUUCUGGGUUCAGGGGGCUACAAAUAAUAAUAAUAAUAAUAAUAAUAAUAAUAAUAAUAAUAAUAAUAAUUUAUUAUUUAUACCCCGCCCAUCUGGCUGGGCUUCCCCGGCCACUCUGGGCGGCUUCCAAAGAAUAUUAAAAUACUAUAAUACAUCAAACAUUAAAAGCUUCCCGAAACAGGGCUGCCUUCAGAUGUCUUCUAAAAGCCUGGUAGUUGUUGUUCUCUUUGACAUCUGGUGGGAGGGUGUUCCACAGGGAAGGCGCCACUACCGAGAAGGCCCUCUGCCUGGUUCCCUGUAACUUGGCUUCUUGCAGUGAGGGAACCGCCAGAAGGCCCUCAGUGCUGGACCUCAGUGUCCGGGUAGAACGAUGGGGGUGGAGACGCUCCUUCAGAUAUACUGGACCAAGGCCGUUUAGGGCUUUAAAGGUCAGCACCAACACUUUGAAUUGUGCUCGGAAACGUACUGGGAGCCAAUGUAGGAUUUUAUCUGGAAUCAAAAUACAUGGAAAUGAGCGCUGAGCAUGCGUUCCAUUCCGUUAGUUUUCCAGAAGUUUUCCAGAAAUUCUGGAUGAGAACCAAGCCAGGAAAUUGCAAUGGCUACUGAAAUAAAAUGGAAGCAUACGCAAAUAAACCCUGAACGAGAGUCUUUUUAAAAAAAACAAAACAGCAACCUUUCUUUGUUUCCCAACUUUGUGGCCUAACGGCUAUGACUCAGGGGGUUAUAAAUACUGAACUUAAUCCAGUGACUAAUUGCUCAAAAUUCUGUGCAUCAGCAGAAGUGGAACCUGUGGUUGGUUCUAAUACUAUCAAAUGCCUUUGCUAUUCAAUAAUAUCCCUCGGAGCUUGCUAUCUAGCAUGCAGUUUGCCCAAAGAACAGUGAUUUUUGUUUCAGUUAUCCUCCUGACAAUGGGGAAGAAAACAGCUGCUAGUAAAUGAAGCAGUUGGCAGACAGAGUGUCUGAGGGAGACUUCUGCAGUUCACCAAAGGAGGGUGGUUAACCUUUCUCCUACCAUAGCUGUUUGCACUAUAGUGAAAAAAUGGCCUUGACCACAGUGUGAGAAGCCUGUUAGCUGUGGCAGCUGUUAGCAGUAGGCGAGCAACUGGGCUCUAAUUGUGGUUAAUUGCACACACCAGCAUGGUGAGGUGGAGAGUAUUAUUGUAAAAAAUUACGCCCCAGAUAGUGAUAGUAUAAUAGCUCCCUUUAUUUAUCAUGCAGCCAAAAUAACCCUGUGACUUAGCCUUCUGCUUUCUCGCCUACAAAUAUGCAAUCCAAUGAAUUUUUUGUAAUACAAAGAGCCUUACAGAAUAAAUUAACCCACCAGCUGCUCCAAUCAGCAGCUAUUAAAUUUUAUUUAACACUGCAUCUAUUAUUUUCUAAAGUUCAGGCUGGCCACGAACAUCGCAUGACUCAAAAUCAUCCCCUCUGACUUGACUCACUUUAUAGCAGACCAAGGUCCCUUAGAUCAUCCCAGCUUCUGAUCCUGAUACAGACCCCUCAGAGCCUUUCCGGAUGAUCUUUUCUUUCCACACAAUAAACAUGCACUUGUUGCUCAUGGGUUUCAGGGGAUCCGGAUGUAUUUCCUUCAGGAAGUGCUUCUGUUGCCAAGGGCAUUUGCAUCUGUCGCUAGGAAAGCGACCUUCUAGAUAGUGCAUUAUUUGCAGUGGGACGUACAGUGGAAAGUGGCGUGUUGGGUAUCGUGGCUACUACUGCAGCAGGGCCUUUUUCCACAGAAGGGGCGGGGAUGGAGAACCUGUGGCCCUCCAGGAAUUGCCGGACAUCAACUCCCAUCAGGAUGGACAGUGCUUAGGGAUGAUGAUGAUGAUUAUACCCAGCCCAUCUGGCUGAGUGUCCCCCGCCACUCUGGGCGGCUCCCAACAGAAUAUUAAAAACAUGAUAAAACAUCAAACAUUAAAAACUUCCUUAAGCAGGGAGUUGUGGUUCAAUACCUUCUGGAAGGUCUCAGGUUCAUCAUCUCUGCCAUUUAGCCUCAAAUCUACAGUUACUUGAGAUUGUGCUAAAAGAAAAAAAUAAAUCGGCAAUGGAUGCAGACUUCCCAGCCAGCUAUCAGGUCCAUUUCCAGCCUUCCAUUUUUUAGGGAACAUUUUUUAGUAAGUGAUUGCCCUCCCGUUCCAGACACAACUGGAUAUCAUCAGUCUCCUGGACUCCUGCCAUUGUUCCAUCACAACCUUUCAGAGCAACUGAGAGUGCUUGCUUGACUGUAGCAUCUGUUUGCCAAGUCUGAGCAGCAAAGAGAAGCUUACUCAGUGAAUGCUACAUGAUUGUUCCUCAUCCAAUCAGUUCAACAAAUAGCUUUCCUGCUACAUAGCAAGGCUACCGGUCCCUCACUUUCCAUUAUAUGGGAACUGGACCUGGUGCCAUAUUGAUGUUGCAUUGGGGCUAACACAAGUAUAGCUUUUAGUAUAGAAUCUUAAAGGCCAGAGGGAUUAGUCAGGCUCUGCACAUGCAGAUGGUUCUUAACAGGACGAGAGAUGCUGGAGUCAAUAUGUUUUGCAGGUAUUCCUGUGGACGAGGAGCCAAAUGUGAAGGAGAAUGAGUAAUUGUCACAUGCAUUUGCAGUGUUGUGUAGGAGCUCCUUGUCAUGCACUAGGGCUGUUCUGGGCAUCAUUCCAGAAGAAAGCGGGGGACUUUCUCUUCUUCUAUUUGCUAACAGACCUGUAUUGUGCAUCUGAGCAUUUUCAAAGUCCCUUGCAAACCUUGGGGCAUCUGACUACCCUUUGAGAUCAGAAGGCAUCAUUAUCCCUAAUUUGCAAAGAGGAUAAAUGAAGCAUCGGGAGGUGCACAGAUUUUUCAAAGAUCAUCUCGACAUAAUGAAGCAACGGAUGCGUUGCCAAAGGUUGCUCUUUGAUUCACUGCCACGCAGCCAGAUGCUAAGCCUUGUAAUACUGGAUCCCAAGGGCCUGCCCUGACUAGUACAAGACAGCACCAUAUGAUUAAAAAAAGGCAUUUUCCCCACUUAGUAUAAAUGGCUUUUUGAUCAAUGAAUGGAAAUGUAAUUUAAGCAAAUUGAGCAAAUGUAAACAAGGGUUUGUACGGUGCUGCUUGCAAUCUUAACGUAUGUAGCGGGAGAGCUGGAAGACCACCCAGGUCAUGGUCUGGUCUUAUUUCUAAGCCACCCAGCUCCCUAAUUAAAUCCCUUUCUAUUUCUCGUUUUAAGGGGGAGAGGGCCUGCAAGCCUUUCAUAGUCUCCUUCCAGAUGGGAACGAAACAUUUAAUGGAGAUCCAGCUGUUGGAGGGAUGGGAAUUGUGAACAAUGCCAUAAAAUCAAGACAUUGAUGAAAAUCAAUAUCUCGUCAUGCCCUCCCUCUGAGUUUAAAGAGAGCCUUGUAGCUCAAACACAAGGCAGCCCUAGGCCUUAAUUUGACCAGGGCUCGGCCGCAGAACAUUGCAUUCACUGCCAGGGCUAUCCUGGGGUGUGUGUGAUAUAAUAAAAAAAGAAUGCCUAUGGGGAUGUGCAGAGGGCCUGCCCCUCAUUACUGAGUCACUGGAACCAGGCACUGUAUAUGUAGAACAAGGGAGAAGAGCUGUCACGGCAAAAGGUGGAACUUCUCAUAGCUUCAGGCGCUUCUCUUUAGACAUGUUAAACACAGGACAUGUCUAAUGGCUCAGAGCUCUACUUCUGCUUUUCAUCAGUCAGGUGAGACCAUGCAGCUUCUGCACUGAUACCUAGCUGCUAUGAUGAAGCCUAAUAAACUGAAACUAAAUCCUGGUAAGAUGGAGGUGCUGUGGCAUAGUUGCUCUCAGGUCCAGGAAUCAAGGGAACAGGCUCCUUUUAGUGGAGCUGGGUUCUCCCUGAAAGAGCAGGUGCAUAUUCUGAGAGUGUCCUUUGAUACCACCUUGUCACUGGAGUCACAGGUGCCUUCCAUGGCAAGAGUGCCAUUGCCCAGCUCCAGUUAGCUCACCAGCUACAACAGUUUCUGAACCAGGAUGGCUUGGCCACCAUAAUCCAUGCUCUUGAUAACCUCCUGUUUGGAUUGCUGCAAUACACUCUACAUAGGGAUGCCCUUGAAGAUGACUUGUAACUUGGGCAAAAUGUGAUGGCCUUCCUUUUGAGUGGAGCCACCAACCAGAACCACAUUACAACGAUUCUCAAAGGAGGCCCAGCUUAAGAUUCCACUCCAGAAACUGCGCACACAAAGCAUAGGUGGGCUUUGUCUGUAGUUGCACCCUAAGCCUGCAGUGCCCUUGCCCUUGAAAUUUAGAUGGCUCCCACACUGCUGGCACUCUGACUUGGCUAUUUCUUAACCCCCUUUUGAAAAUUUGUUUGUUUGUUUGUUUGUUUGUUUGUUUUAUUAAUGCAGUACUCACCUCAAGAUCUUUGUAUACGGGAAAGAUAAAAACUGGCAAAAUAAAUAAUGACCAUCUAUCUCUUUCCACAGAAAUGUAUACCAGGGAACUGGGCUUUUUUCCAUUGCAUGUUCUGCGGUGCACAUGGAGUGAUAAGCAGACCUAUAGCUGUUCAUCUUUCGGGGGGAGGAUGUUGGUGCUCCUUAGCAGUGGAAGAAUCCCAGGGGCCUAGAGAUCAAGUGCGGACCAUCUGUAUUUGGAAUAUUUGUUUGAAUUUCCAUCGCACCAAACCUUUUGGUCCACCAGAGUGAAACAUCACCUCACCUGUGCAGUCAAAAGUAUAAUAAUAAAUUAAACAGCUGGAAAUUUCCUGCCCUCUGGUUGCCUUGCUCUUCCUGGUGGUAAAGCCAGGCCCAGUUUUAGGCUGGUAUCCGCAAAUUGGGCAAUGAUAAAUAUUUGUACUGCCUUCUAGUUCAUACACUGCUUCCAGCAUGAUGCAUACCACCACAAAUCUUCCGAAAGUGACAAACAGGAUAGCAGCCUUUGUUUUUAUAAUCUACUCCAAACUACUCCAAGCUGGUGCCCUCCUAUCAGCCCCAGCCUAGCAGAAGUUGGGGUUGCCCAGUUAAAUUGAUUAGCUUUAGACUCAGGACAGGCAAAAGAACGUUCUUCUUCAUACAGUUCAUGAUUUGUGUAUGAAAUACACUAGCACAAGAUGUUUUGAUGACCAUGGACUUCUUUAGACCAGUCCUGGAUAUGUCUGAUAAACAGCUAUCACUGGCAACCCAGCCAAAUGGGAGGCAUAUAAAUAAUAAAAUUCUUCUUCUUCACCUAUGAGAGUAGGAUUACUAUUUAGAGUCUGUGUCCCUCUGAGUACCAGUUGCUGAGACAAAAUGAUGCUUGAUCCUUGGUCUGAUUCCCCAUAAGUGUACUUAUGUUCUUAAUGAUCAAAUCAGCAAGUCAGAGGAAAAGAGGAUUCACUAUGAGAUGACACAUCCAUAGUUUUCUGAAAGACCUGACUCAGAAUCAAAGCGAUCAUAGCAGGAAGGCAUGAACAAUUCACACAAACACACAUGCGCACACACCCCAUUUCUUAGCAAAUAUUUCACAAAGAUUCUUCAGUACUUGGAUAAUAGAGGGUAACUUCUGUGGAUCACAGUACAAAUUAAUGUAAAUGAAUACUGAGGUUCUUCUCUCCCCCCCCCCCCCCCGGAAAAAGACAGUGCCAAGUUCCUGAACAUCAGUUGUUGUUGUUGUUGUUGUUGUUGUUGUUAUUAUUAUAAUAAAAAAUUAUUCAGCACUGGGCAAAUCAACUACCCAACUGGAAACAGAAUAAUUGACUUCUUGAAGUACUGAGUGCUCAGUUCCAACAACAAGGCUAAAGGUUGGGAGUUUGCACAGCAUCAGACCUUCAGUUCUUAUCUGUCUAAUGAAGCAGGUAUCUUCUGUCCAACAAUUCUAACAGGUUAUCCCAUGGUCAGUAGGCCUGUGCCACAUGCAGAUGAGAACAAGAUCACCGUGCCAGAAAUGUCAGCUGGCAAGUUUGGUAAAUUACAACCAGGUGAAUCAACUAAGGACCAUGCACACACUUGCAUUGAACAGCAAGUAAAGCCUUCAUGAAUGUCCCAUAAAAUGUGCUGCAAGACAAGAGUUGCACUAACUAUUUAGAAAUCAGAGAUGUAUGGUAGUCUGGAUCCUCAAAACCAGUUGACACUUCCAAAAAAUGUAUGCUUUAUCGCUGUGCCUGUUCCCAAGUCUGUUAAAAAAUGAGACCUUUCCUGUAUUCCAGGUGAUUGAUGGGCCUCGAGAAUGCAAAGUGUUACAGAGAUUACAAGAAUUAUCAGGCUACAGAGCUCUUUUUAGGUCAGUGUACAGAAGGGAGGGGAGAGAUUGCCCAGGAUUGAUAGUUGCCUAUCUCUUUAGUUCUUUCGCAAGGUACACCACAAGCUAGAUGACUCUCCAGAUCCCUGUUCUGCUUUGAUCUUGAAUGGCUUUGUGGAGUAGGAUGUUUUCAAGACACUCUAUCUGGGCUCAUCUCUCAGGAAUGCAUGGGGUUAACAGUCAGCACCAUUUAAUCGUUUGCAAAUAACCCAUCAGGAAAUCUGUCAGGAAGUGGGUACAAAUUCCUGAGGAUUGAUGCAAAGUAUUGCACUAGCAUACUUUCCUAGCAACAGUCCAUGGUCUGGUUGUGUCUGUCUGAUAUACAUGCCCUCCACAGAUAUGAAGGUCACUGUAGUAGCUGCCUAACUGUGGAGUUCUAACAGAAAUCCAAAUACUUGACUAUACUUGAACCAAUCUGAAGUCAAUAAAAUAUAUAACAUUGUGAGCUCUUGAAAGAUUGAUAGAUCUCCAGCAACCUGUAGGUAGGGGGAAAAACAUGAAAAGUAAAACUAUGUCUGUUGUGCUUGGGGCUGAUGGGAUUUGUAGUCCAAAACAUCUAUCUGUGGUGCAUUUGGAACAGAUCACACCAAGCUUGUAAGCAGUCACAUGGAUCAAUAUCAAUUGGCAGAAGGUUAUUCUCAGUUGUUUUAUUGAAGAUUCAGUGCAGUUUGACGUUGGCAUGACCAUGAAUCACUUGAAGUAAAGAUAUGCAUGUCAUAUUUGCAGAUGCUAGAAAAUUGGAUGGAAUGACAGGUACUGCAGAGAUUCAAAAAUAAUCAUAAUAAACUCUGUGCGUAGUAAAACAGAAUUUUGCUAUCACAAAUAUAAGGAUAUCAAUGACCAAAAAGCAAAAAAGAAGAGGUUAAAGGAACUGAAGAAAAGAAUGAGAGAACAGCAAGGAACAAAAAGAGGGAGAAGAGCUGUUGGCCGAGGCCAUUGAAAGAAAAAUUGAGAAGCGGAUUGUCAGAAUUGAAACAGACCAGAUGCAUGUUUUACCUUCUACUGUUGAGGAAUGAAACAAGUUGAAACAUAAUUUAUGGACACUUUCCUUGGGUCCUUUGGCUAUGAAACUACACAAGCCUAUACUGGGAAUGCUUUAAAAGUAAGGAACUAAGUGGUGAAAGAGCACAAGGACAUACAGCUACAGGAGACCAACAAAACAUGGUGGUGUUCUGGAUUUAAUCUCCAUUCCACCAUCCUAUGUCAGCCUUCCCAAAAUAUCUAUUUUUUCGUUAUUCAGGGGAACCUGCCACUGGAAAUAUUGAACAGUGCAAACUCUGAUCUAAAGUUGUUUGUGCUACUAAAAAAAAACCCCAGCACCCAUGUAGUCAAAAUACUGUAUGUGUGAUAAAAUGCAUAAUGAGAAUAAAUAAUGCAAAGUUAGACAAGAUGCAAACUUUUGCAUGAUAUCUUCAGAUAUUUGGGGAUGGGAGCAGCUCUGCAGGGCACUGGAGCCCCAUCAGAAACCAGCUUCAGCCACGCUUCUGGGUUCAAAGGUUUUAGGCCAGGGUAGGUCACCUCAGGACUGGGUGUCAAAUGUGGCCUACCAGGCCUCUCAGCCUGAUCCUCAGAAUUCUCCUCAGGCCACAGCCCUCACAGGCCCUACUUUGCACCCAAUUGUUUUUGCCUGACUAGAAUUACACCCUUGGACCCCGAUGUUGCCUCCUGCUUGUCUGUAUGGAAGAUAAAGAGGGGUGUGUGGUUGUGUGUAGAAACUAGUCUACUGCACAAAGGUAAAUUUUACAUUUGUUGCUCUGCCUGCUCUUGCCUCUGACCCCCACUGCCACUGGCAAGUGACCCUUGGAAGGUGAACAUCAUGGGGGAAGUGCCCCCAUUCCUGUUUUAGUCAUUGCCCCACACACUUUCAACCAUUUCUCCAGAGCCAAAAAGUCUAGAAGUGUACAUUAUAAAAAUAAAAAUAAAAGUGUGCUUCUGAGGAAGCUAAAUUAUGUGCCUGUACUGCUCUUCUCUGGAAAAACUGCAGUUAGCAGUGUUUCGCAUUGAUCUGACUUCCAGAUCUGAUACCCAGACUACACUUUACAUGCAAGUGUUUAACUGCCAUUACAAACACACACAUUUGUAUUUGUUGUGGGAGAGACACUGGAACUAAUUGUAUCCCUCUCUUGCACUUCCAUCAAAGCCAACUUUUUCCGCCUUUAACCAUGAACGCACAUGGACGCAGAAAGGAUAGAACAGUACCAUUUAAAGUAAAUUUCCUUUCUUUUUUUCUGCUGCAUUUUCCACUGAGUGCAGUGGCUCUGGUCUUGUCCACGACUUUAUUACAUCACUCUGUUAAAGCUGUCAUUUCCCCUUGAUGUCUUUAAAUAUAUUUCAUCCCUUUCAGCAUUUGCUAUCAUUUUAAAUGCAAUUAGUGCGACAAAGCAGAAAAAGUACCUAAAUCGACAAUUGGGGUCACCAGAGCAGAAUUUGACUUGCACAUUGAUUUCACACUUCUGGAUUCCAGUUCCAUAUUCUUUUUUAAAUGACUGAUGAAUAUUAUUAGAGAUUUGCACAAUGACUCUUCCCUAAGAGGAAAUAACUCUGAAAAAGAGGUUGGCAGAGGUUGCCACUGCUGGCUUGAGUGUUGUUGUUGAGGGAACGUGUAGCAUACCCUUAUCUUUGCAGUCCAAAGUGUCCUUUUGGCAAAGUGUUUUAUUUUGUACAAUGAAGAAUAUCCUUUUAUUUUUAAAGUGGACUGGCUGGCAAGUUCUUCACAGAGGGGAAGUAAGGCUGUCCCAUAAGACUAUUUCCAGUUAUAAUGCACUUGUCCUUAAAGAGCUUCUUAGACUGUUAUAUAAAGCCAUCAUGGCUUCAUGAGCCACUGACUAACCUGUUAUAUUUGCAGUGUAUACUUGUUUGAGUUCACUCAGCUUUGUCCCUCACAAGUCUAUUCCGCCUAACAUUUCAGAAUUCUGAAACCUAAAAGGCUGUGUGCCCAUUAGACAGUGGAAGCCAAAGAUCACCUUACCUCACCUUCAGGGGGAAGUAAGAAGAGACUGCUGGAUCCGCCCACUGGCCCAUCUAGUCCAGCAUCCCUUUCUCCCAGUGGCUAACCAGAUGCCCAUGAGAAACCCACAAGCAGGAUUGAGCAGAAGAGCAUUCUCCUCUCCUGUGUUUUCCAGCCACUGCUAUUCAGGAGCACUGCUGCCUCCAACCAUGAAGGCAGAGCAGGACCAUCAUAGCUAGUAGCAAUCAAGAGCCCUCUCUCCCAUGAAUUUGUCUAAUCCUCUUUUAAAGGUUUGUGGCUGUCACCGUUUUCUGUUGGAGCAAGUUCCAUAUGUGCUGCGUGAAUAAGUAUUUUCCUUUAAUGACAGGAGGGCCAUAGCUCAGUGGUAGAGCAUCUGUUUUGCGUGCAGAAGGGUCCCAGGUUCAAUCACCAGCAUCUUCAAAUAGGGCUGGGAGAGAUCCGUCUCUGUAACUGUGGAGAGCCACUGGCAGCCAGUGUAGCAGGCAAUAGUGGGAAGACAGGCGAACUAAUAUCAGUGUACUGGAAGAACCAAAGGUCACCAGUGUUGAAGCAAUGAUUCUUCAAUAUCAACUUCGUUGGACUGGUCAUAUUGUGUGGGUGCCUGAUUAUCAUCUUCCAAAGCAACUACUCUAUUCCGCACUUAAAAAUGGAAAGCGUAAUGCUGGUGGUCAACAAAAGAGAUUUAAAGACUGUCUCAAAGCAAAUUUUAAAAAAUGUAGUAUAAACACCAACACUUGCCUUGUUAGCGCUCCAAUUGGAGAACAGCCUUUACCGAAGGUGUCAUGGGCUUUGAAGACACUCGAACUCAGGAAGCAAGGGAGAAAUGUGCUAAUAGGAAGGCACGUUUGGCAAAUCCACACCGUGAUUAGCUCCCGCCCAGUAACCAAUGUCCCCAAUGUGGAUGAUCCAGAAUUGGCCUCCACAGUCACUUAUGGACUCAUUGUUAAAACUGUGUUUAUGGAAGACAAUCUUACUAGGCUACGAGUGAUCACCAAAGAAGAAGAAGGGAGAUAGAUGGACCAAAAGUCUGACUCUGUAUAAGGCUGACCGACAUUUUGUGCCAGUAUUGAUUCAAGGCCAUUAGGAAAGACAUCACCUCUCCAGAGUAACUGAGAAAGAAGGUGGGAUUUUUUUUAAUUUUUUUUAAAACAUAUUUGCUGUCUCUUUCCUCCAAAGAGCUCAAAAUGGCUAGCAACAAAGAUAAAACAUCCCUUACAAGUUGAUGCUAAAGCUGCAGCAGGAAAUAAAAUACAGCUACUAUUGCCAAAUAAGAGCAGGAAAAUAAAAAGCACCCCCACCCACCCCCUUAACAUGGGAGAGAGAUUGUCUCUGUAUACGAAGGAUCCAUUCUUAGCUGCAGUGACUAAAUAAGCUUUUGCUAGGGAUUGUCCUUUAUGAUUUCGUCUACGCCUUUAAAAAAAAUAAAAAUUGCAGCUGAGCAAGUGGCCACCAGCAAAUCUUGUGGGAAAUGCAUUCCAUAAUUUUGUGGUUUCCAAAAAUUCCCUUUCGUCAGUCUUGAACCUGCUGCCAAGGAAUCUUGACGUGAAAAUCCAACUGUUCUUUUGAGACAGAGAGUAAUUUCUCUCUGUACACAUAUUCCACAUCUUUAUAACUCCACUUUCAUUUUAAAAGCACAGGGACAUUGGACUUUCCCCACAGGGAAAUGUCAGGGUGCCUAUCUGCACCCCACGACUCCAAGCAGAAUUCUCAGGGAAUUCCAGAAAUGGUGAGGGAAAUAGGUGUCUCCCAACAAUUCUCAACACACUUCACAAACUACAUUUCCCAGGAUCCUUUGGGGAAAGCCGUGGCUGUUCAAAGUGGUAUGAUACAGUGCAGAUGGGGCCUUGGUCAUGCUUAGAACAGAACCAUUGGACUCAGUGGGAUUUGUUGUUGCAAGGCUGCAGAAUGUUUUUCACCCCAAGGGCCACAUUUACUUCUGGGCAAUCUUCCUAUACACCCACCCAUCUCUAACCUCCAUCCAAGUAAGCAAGAAGCAUUAUUAGACUGCGAGGACACUUUCCAAAACACAGGCAAAAACACUCAUGGCUUGAAGCAGGGUUGAUGAGAAGGUGCAGCCUGGAGAGAGCCCCAAAGGCUACCCAGAGGCCUGUUAGGGCUGCAUUUUGCCCCUGGGUCUGAGGUUCCCCACUCCUGUGUUAGCGGAAUGUGGAUCAAGUUUUCGUGGAGGGUUAACUAAAACAGUGGCUCCCACUGUCCAAAUUUGCUUGGCGUGGUGACCCAUCAUUCUAUUAUCACAUGAAUUUUGGACUUUUAGUCUUCAGCAGCUGUCAGUUUCAUGCAUCUUAAAUGUAAGUUUGCCUAUUUAUAACCAUUACCCAAGGCAUCCGAAUUUACUUAACGCCUCUAUUAACGUAGAAUUCGUUGAACUAUUUAUAGUACUUAGAAAGUUAUUAACAGUUUUUAAUGGGAAUGUAAGAAUACCAGUCUUCUGAUUGCAAGAUAUUGCUUCCUAAGUUAUAAAAAUCUGGUCCAAAAAAUAUGGUUACACAAGUGGUGUUAAAUAUAACAAACUGAAUAUUUAAAAUAGUUUUUCCACAAUAAAGCCAAUUUGGGCAAGUAUUAGUGGGAUGGCUGAGCUUGCUUUUUGACAAUGUGUAGGGUUUGAUGGUUGUCAGGCAUAACCUCAGAUCAUUAUUGAUACAUAGCCUUUUAUUUCAUCUUCAUAGUAGUCUCUGCAGAAAAACCUGCUUCUCAAAAAUCUGUACCACUAAAUGAAAGCACAAGCAUUUCUUAAGCCACAAGCUCAGGCUACUCAAUAGUAACUAAGUUGUGUGUGUGUGUGUGUGUGUGUGUGUGUGUGUAAAAUGAAACCAAAAUUCAGAAAACCUCACUUCCAAAAAAAAUUGUCUUUGAAGGUCAAAUCACAUGGCUAUUCGAUAAGUUGUUCCUUUUGAACAGGUAAAAACAACUUUGUGGCAUCAGCUGCAAAUGGGUUUUCCACCCACUCAAACAUCUCUGUUUCUUCAGCAGAAAAGUUGUGGACAAAUUCUGACUAAGCAGUUCCCAAGUGUUAACACAAGCGUUUCCUACAUUUGGUUACAAGUGUCAACACAGCAUUAUAAUAUGACGACAAAUCAAAAAGUUCUAAGAGGUAUUGUCAUGCAAGUUGAGGAUUAAAAGCAAGAGUUGUUUAGGGUUUAUUUAUGAAGCCUGCCUGCCAUCUACUUGCACAGGCUUUGAGACCCAUAGGCUGAGAACUAAAAGAUCGCCUCCUUCCCCUUCUCUGGUUAUAAGGGUGGAGGGUGCCUUGGUAGUUCCACCACCCUCAGACACAAGGGUGGUGGUGGCCCAGCAGAGUGCAUUCAUUGAAGGGAUCCAAAGGGUCAUCUAGUCCAACCCCUGCAAUGGAGGAAUUUCAACUAAAGCAUCCAUGGCAGAUGGCCAUCCAACCUGUUUAAAAACCUCCAAGGAAGUAGAGCCCACCACCUUCCAAGGUAGUCCGUUCUACUAUCGAACAGCUCUUAGCAUCAGAAAGUUCUUCCUGAUGUUUAGUCAGAAUCUCCUUUCUUGUAACUUGAAGCCAUUGGUUUGGGUCCUACCCUCCAGAGCAGGAGAAAACAAGCUUAUUCCAUCUUCCACAUUACAGUCCUUUUAGACAUUCGAAGAAGGCUAUCAUAUCUCCUCUUCCUCUCCUCUUUUCCAGGCUAAACAUACCCAACUACCUCAACCCUUUCUCAUAAGGCUUGGUUUCCAGCCCCUUUCUCAUCUUGGUCACACAUUCUAGCUGGUCAAUAUUCUUCUUAAAUUGUGUCACCCCAAAAUGGACACAGUAUUCCAGGUGUGGUCUGACCAAGGCAGAACAGAUUACUACUAUUACUUCCCUUGAUCUGGACACUAUAUUUCUGUUGAUGCAACCUGGAUUAGCAUCAGCUUUUCUUUUCUUUCUUUUUUGCUGCCGCAUCAAUGAGUGCUAGUAGGGACAGGAGGCAGCCAGCACAGGGCUUACAUUUCCAGCUGUAUAAACUGAAGGAAGCAGAAGUGCAUCAAACAGCCUUUUAGAACCCACAGCUGUACAGAAGCACAGCUGGAUUUCAGAAUUAAAGAACUACACAUGGAAAGCAGAAUGAAGGCACUUCUGCUACAAACUUGGUGGGUGGGUAGGCACGUAUUAAUACAUUGGGCUGCAGAACUUUAAAGACUAAGGAUGACUCCUAGAAAGUAACCAGGGGAAUGUGGGUUGUACAAGUUUGGAGUCUGAAAUACGUUUGUAUUUGUAUUGCUUCCCCUUAAAGCACCUUGAAGACUAAUCUUGUACAGAUGCCACUAAUGUGAGAGGUUUGCUAAUCUUUUCACCAAGCCACCAUUUCAUAUUUGUCCCUGCUACUCACAUUAUAUCUUGCAGAUUUGUACUGCCAUUUGGAGAAUGUUCAAUGAAUGGUGAUCAUUUGAAACAAAAAUUUGUGAAUAAGAACAUCAUACAUAAGGAGAGCCCUGCUGGAUCAGACUAAAAAAAACAAAAACCACACAACCACCUAGUCCAGCAGCCUGUUCUCACAACUUGCUGAAAAUUCAAAAAAUCAACUUUCUUUUUCAUAUGUGAUAGUAAUGUAAAUAAGAAAAAAGACAAGCAUAUGAAAUUUUUCAGUAGCACAUUCCACUGCAUCUUUUAUUACUAUUGGCGUAUGUGAAGGCAUCUUUACAAUCCGAAAGUGAAAAAUUUCUUACACGUUAGGAGCAGCAAGCAUUCUCUGUGCAAAAAAGUGGAGACAAUGGCUAGGUUAACUCAUUAUCUUAGAAGUAAGGGAGGCAAACAAAGCCAACAUCAUCUUAUGAAUAGAUGGAUAAACUUCAUAUCUCAUUGUAGCAGGAGGUGGGUCUCAAGCACAAAGCUGUUGAGUUAGUAUUUUAAUAUGUUUAUUAAAAUAGUUAAUAUUAUAUAAUAUUAAAAAUAAUAUUAAAAUGAGUUAGUAAUUUAAUAUGUAAUAUGUAAUAGUAUUUUAAUAUGUAAUAUGUAAGGUGGUUGAAACUUUAUUACAGUUUAUAAAACAUUUAUGAGACUUGUAUAACAUAGAAUAAGCCAAUCCAUCAGAAUAGAAAGAAUACUUGUAAUUUUGUCACAUAGCUGUCAUGGGUAGCAGCUACUGAUCACUUUAUUCUCCAUGUCCACAAGCUCAGAAAGAUACCAGUGAAUUUAAGUCACUUAUACAUGAGAGUCAACAUUUACCGUAUUUUUCGCUCUAUAAGAUGUACCAGACCAUAAGACGCACCUAGUUUUUGGAGGAGGAAAACAAGAAAAAAAAUAUUCUGAAUCUCAGAAGCCACAAGAACAAGAGGGAUCACUGAGCAGCAAAAGCAGCGAUCGCUCUUGCUGUUCUGGCUUCUGGGAUAGCUGCGCAGCCUGCAUUCGCUCUAUAAGACACACACACAUUUCCCCUUAUUUUUUAGGAGGGAAAAAGUGAGUCUUAUAGAGCAAAAAAUAUGGUACUUCUGUGUUUUUAAGGUAGGGAAAUAAACGCCCUCCCACCAGAUGUCAAGAGAAAAACAACUCCCAGAUUUUUAGAAGACAUCAGAAGGCAGCCCUGUUUAGGGAAGCUUUUAAUGUUUAAUAGAUUAUUGUAUUAUAUUGUAUUGUAUUGUAUUGUAUUGUAUUGUAUUGCAUUUUAAUAUUCUGUUGGAAGCCGCCCAGAGCAACUGGGGAAGCCCAGCCAGAUGGGUGGGGUAUAAAUAAAUAAAUAUAAUAAUAAUAUUCAACUAGUGUCUGAAAAUAGUAAUCCAAGAUUACUGUAAUUACAGCAAUCACUGUAUAUAUGCCAUCACCAUAUUCUAGCCAUUCACUGCAGAGCACACAUGUACAUAAAUGUAUUUUCAUAAAAUCCAAAUUUAAAUGUAUAUUCAAACUCAGAUUUCAUGAAAAUACUUGUUUGUUUAGGCAAACUUUCCCUUUGCAGGACUUUCUACGUAACUACGUUUGAAGGAGCAGUAACUUUGGUUUGUCUUUUUCAGGGAGCAGGCGACAGCUUUGUGGGGGCACUGGCUUUCUACCUGGCUUACUAUCCCAACCUGCCGCUAGAAGAAAUGCUGGGGAACAGUAACUUCAUUGCGACGAUUAGUGUCCAAGCAACAGGGACACAGGCUUCCUAUCCCUAUAGAAAGGACUUGCCCCAAGACCUAUUCUAACCUGUCCACUGCACUGUCACAAUGGUGGUCCACUGAUUUUCAAUUUGUAAGAUAAUGUAUAAUUUCAACAAUUUCUACAUAUAUCUGAAAGGAGACAACUGUAUCGAACACAUUCUUAUACUUAGGUCCUGGCCCCAAUAAGGUGUGCAGGGUACCAUUCACUGGAGGGUCUUUCCAGGACGCUGUGAAAUACUUGACUUCAGAUCUGUGAAUGAGACACUCCCAUUCCUCAGUUAAGGGAUGUGAAGAGAUGCAGUUUGGUUUGAUGUUGUUAUGAUGCCUUAAUUAUAAUAAAUGUUUCACAAAAUAAUUUCUGAAGUUGUGAUCUCAAAAUGGCAAGUUUUUUUUUAAGAAUAAAACUUCUUAGGUAACUGAAUUUUCUUUGUUGGAAAACACAGCUGAUAAAUUUAGAAACAAUGUUGUUCAGUGUUUACACUGGACCUGCUAGCACAACAAAUACUUAACGAAAGGCUAGCUGACCAGGCAAUGGAGUAUUGUAGCAGCUCGCUCUGUCUGUCUGUCAAGUAUAUAUAUAUUUUUGGAAUGGCUGCUUUAGGCAAAAUUAAUUAGCUGUUCCAAAAAAAGCCUUCAAUGAAGUUGAAUUUAAUACUGGUUUCACUGGAAACAUUUUCAAGUAUGACAAGAUGCUUGGAUGUAAUUAUGUACCCAGUAAGCUGUAGCUGUAAAGGAACAUCCCCUUGAAGUUGGCUGCUGAUUAUUUGUGUGGUUGGACGCCUAAGAAAACUUUGGAAACUGUUCGACUAAGGUCCUACUAGAAUUUUUAAUAUUAUUGCUAUGUGAAACAAACAUUUCAAGACUGCAAGCAGUUCCACAGUGGUGUUGAAAUGAAACACACAGAGACAAGGGAAUUUGAUUUUUUUUAUAUAAAUUGAGAGCUGUAAAAUUAACUAUAAAUAUGUUGCUGCUUAUGAUGAUCCAUGGCUAGACACCAAAAACUUUCUUUUUCUACAUUGUUCUCUUUCACAAUGGUCUUCAAAUUACAGGAGACAGCCAUCUCAGUCCAUUUCCUCUCCUUUCUGAGAACUACGGGGCUAGCAUUUCCUCCUAUGAGUGUGCCUCAUGUAUGAAUCAAUCAUUUUUGCCAUUUGUCGUCUACAGGGAACGGACCUUUUUCAGCUCUUUGAAAAGGACACGCUGUUUAACUAUAGACAGAAAAUGAAAGAAAGUUAGUUUAGGUUUUCAAAAGGCUUUAUCAAACCUACAUACCUGACCACUGACCAGCUAAGUCAUGUGUAUCUUGCCAUGUAUCUUGCUUUUUUGGAAGCAUGAAUAAUCAACACCACAGUUUAAAAAAAACAGCAGCAGAGCAGUCAAAAAUACAGGUGGGUAUCUGUUCUUAUGAAUUAGAACACUCCAUGGGGGAAAAACAGAAUUUUACUAUUGUCUCCUUUUAAAACAAGGAAGAAAACAUAAGUCUGUGUUUACAAUUCUAGUCCAGUUUACAUCACUGACAUACUUGGGGCUGCCUCUAAAAAUGGUUUGGAAGCUUCAGCUGGUGCAAAAUUUGAAAGCCAAGUUGCUCACCAGAACAAGACGGUUUGAGAAUAUAAUGCCAAUCCUGGCUGCCAAUUAGUUUCUGGGCCCAAUUCAAAGUGCUGGUGCUAACCUAUAAAACCUUACAUACCUCAAGACCUCAAUCCCUGAGCCUCUCCCCAUAUUAACAGACCCAGACCUGCGGUCAUCAUCCGAGGCCCUUCUCUAUGUCCCCCAUCCCUGAGAGGUUCAGUGGAUGAAAAUACAAGAAUGGGUCUUUUCUCUGGUGGCUCCCCAUCUGUAGUAUGCUCUCCCCCCACCCAAGAGGUUCACCUGGUGCCAUCAUUACAUGUCUUUAGGUGCCAGGCAAAAACAUUCCUCUUUAAGCCUUUGGACAUUAAAUAAUCUAUGACUUGUUAAAUAUGGGAGGACCGUUAUUAUGAUUCUUUAAUUUUUAUGUUGUGUAUUGUUAUGCUCUGUAUUAUUAUUUUUUAUUAUGCUGCGUAAAUUAUGUUCCUAAUGUUGUACACUGCCCAGGGAUCUUCGCAUAAAGGGUGGUAUGUAAAUUAAUAAUAGUAACUUCUAAAAUAGCUUUUUCAAUUGCCUUAUAUAAGCAAUGAGACCUGCAGUUCAUUCUAGCUAAACAUACCCACAUCCUCUUCAUAUUCAUCUUUAAUGUGCAUGUUCCUAACUCUUUAAAUGCUGAGUCUAAUAUGGCCCACCGGGGCAGGGGCAGUUGCACAAGGAGCAAGGCAGAUGACCAGCUCCUGAAUUUCUAUUUACAAAGCUGAUCAAUAUUGUCUACUGUUAAUAUUUUAACUCAUUUGGAUUGUGUCACUGAAAAUCUCUCCCAGCACCACAGCAUUUUCCUAACUGUGAUAGUGAAAUGAAUGCAUUUUAACAUGUCAAUGCAAUAUCAAAAUAUGUGUAUUUAUAUGUUCCUGGACUUAUCACAUAGACAUGUGCAUCAUUAAAAAAAGAAUAACAAUGGGAAAGACGAGCUUCCAGGAGCACUUAAGGCCACUGUGUGGCUUUUAAGCUAGUAAAUAAGCUGCUGAAUUGGCCAGUUUGCUUUUUAGCCAAUAAAUAAGCUGGUGAAUACAAGUGUUCUAGACUCUUCUGUAUGCUCUUUUAUUAAGUGAAAGCUAAAAUCCUUGCAGUUUUUACAGCUUCCCUAGAGAAAAAAGGGAAGCAAUUGCACCAAUCACUUAAAACUGAAGAAUAAAAACAACUUUUAUAUUUGAAAAAGCAUCCUAUAAAAACAAGCUACUAUUUCAUAUAAAAUUUAACUUUUAUCUUUGAUAAAAAAGACUAAAAGUUAAUAUAAUUUUCAUUUCAAGCUAUCUUAUAAAGCAGCACUAGAGUUCAUGCAGUUGGGAACAGGUCUUGAUUUCAUCCACUGUUAUGUGCCACUCCACACUCUGCCACUGUCAUCCUAUACAGCUCAGAGAUUUUUUAAGAAAACACUGUGACCCAUUGUUCCUUCUAAAACUGCCAGGAUAUUUCAAGGAUGAAUGUUUGUAAUACAAUUUGAAUAUGCAUACUAUUCACAUUCAAUAAGUGGCUAAGAUAAAAUAUUUAUACCCCUUCUAAAGCAUCCCCCAACUUCUUACCUAUAGGAUCAUAUUUCAAUUUAACUAACUUUUCUUCAAGUCGGCCUCUUUUCAUGUUGAAAGCAAAACCUGUUCCUGCUUCACUCAACAUCCGCACAAGGAUAUACCUAGAACGAUAAACAAAAAGUGGAACUGCUGCCUGCCAUUUAUUCUUACUGCUUUACCUUAAUUCAUAAUAUAAUUUCUAGAGGCAUGGUUAACAAUUUUAGUUUAUUUUCCUCCUACUAAGUUUAGAUAAAGUUACAUGUUGCCAAAACUUCACUAUAAUUAUAUUUGCAAAAGAUUUUGUCUGAUAAAAUGUAAAGUACCAAUCAGUGUUAUAAAUAUU